GUAAUUGUCUCGGCCUUGGCGGCGGUGGCUGAGGAAAAAAGCAGCGGCUGUGGUUCACCUUCUGAAACAAACAGGAAGCGAGACCUCGCUCCUGUCCACCUGCGAGGGCUGAGGACUGCGUGGGGAGACAGUCGGAGCUGUGGUUUUCGAGUCACGUAGACACUUUUGUCUGUUUUUGGAUGUGAAACCACUCGGUUGUGAAGACAUAUCAGGUUUAUGAACUUUCAGCUGGUCAGCCGGUUCUUCUUCUACGACCUCACACCGGAGAGUAAACUGAAGGUAAGUCCGCACUUGAUCUUUUUCUCUAAUUGAUUUCAGCUGAGUUUCCUCACCUGUCGGCUCUGAUCGUCACCCCAAUCUCCGUCUAUAAUCCUGUCAGUUUAAUGUCGCAGCGCUUUGCCUGACCUCAAAAUAUCGGACCCAGCCAGAGAAAUGUCAAAAACUUAAUCAAUCUGUGGCACCCAAGUUUUGAUUUAAAAACAAACAAACAAACAAUAAAUAAAUAAACAAAUAAACGAAAAUAACCUCUUUGCCUCCAUUUAGAAAAAAUGUGGAGGCAGCUUUUCAGCCAGGGACGCGUCCAAUCUGCUGGCUGGGGUGGCUCAGCUGGAGCAUGGACUGAUACAGGGGUGCCAGUACUUUGUCCAUGUGCACACACAGAAAUUUUUUUUAGGCUGUAAUUUUUUGUCCCCAUUUAUAUCCUACAUUUGUAUCUACUAUGAAUAUAAUUAUUUGAUUAUUCCAGAGAUGUGUAGAAAUAGAGACGUACUUGGAAACUUGGGAACUAACACAAUCAAAACUGAUGCCAGCAGGUUUGUGGGCUCAUCAAAGCAGCUGAAGAAACAACACCGUUUUCAGCAUAAAAUAUUCACAAUAAAACAAUUAACUCUGCUUGCAAGCAAACCUCUACACACUAUCAGGCAAAUUAUGUAGGUUAUUUAUGUAUUAAGUUCUGAUCAACAGAGCUGCAUAUAUUUUAGAUUAAGAAAGGCAUUUUUCUCAGCUGUGGUAGGGCAUGUUAGACUGUCAGUGCUCAGGGAGACAUGCCCCAGUCAUUCAGAUUGAGACAUCGCUGCCUCUGCUUCCAUUUAAACAUAGAAAAGCAAUGCCUCUGCCUCAACACAGCCACUAUUAACAACAACAGGGAGUCAUCUUCCACCAUACUCGGUGCUGGUGAACACAGCUGGCUGCCAAAGCCUCCUGAGACCCUUUGCUAAUAGAGCAGACUCUGAUGACUUUUUAAAACCUGUGUAAAAACUAUGCUUUUUGUAACAUCGAAAUUAAAAAUAAACUUCAUGUGUCACUAUGGAGAAGUAACGUGUGGCUUCCUCUGUCGUGAAUUUGCAUCCAUGAAGAGCAUAUUUUUGUUAGUUGGAAAGUUUGCAGGGGUUGCUUGUUAUUUUCAAUUAACUGAUUUAUCUCUGUUACACCUGUGUUGCAAACCGUUGCAGUGUAUAAUUGGGUUGCAGAAUUAAAGUUACAACAAAAGAAAGUGUGCUCCAGCAACACAGCCUUUAGAGUUGUUUUAAUUGAGUCCCAUCUUUGAAUAGCCAUAUACUGUUGUAUUUUUGAGGUGGCACUUGGGUGGCCUGCAGAUCCCCAAGAGGGCCUUGGGCACCCCUGGCGAUUGCUGUGGGUACGCCCCAGAUUAUUCAAAAAUGUUCACUUUGGUUGGAUUUUGUUGAAGGUGGAAACACAGCCAUAGUUUUAGCUGCAUUUUUAUGAAUGUCAAACUCUGUUCCUUGUUAUCAAGGAUCCAAACUUUGAUUUUUCGAAUACUCACUGUACUCACUAUCCUAGACCAGAACAAACUUGUUAAAUUUCCACACUGGGUUUGUUCUGAUCUCCCUCCACAGGAGAACAGAACAUUCCUGAGUGAUUAUAUACAGCUCCUAAACCUAUAGGUGAACCUGAUAUGUGCCUGUAUUGACUGAAGCCCUGUGAGCUCUUACGUCAAGGGUCCUAAUCUCUAAACUUGGACUAAGCUGUAGUUUGUAUUGAGAGGGUCAGGUCACUGCUGGUUGAUUUUUUGUGUUCUGUGUAAGGGUUUCGAAGACUAACUCCUCCCUCCAGACAAGAUGACGGACAUAUUCCUGACCUUCUCUCCAUUGUGAUGACAUUAGUCUCUACUUUGAAGUGUAUCUUGAAUUCCAGUUCUUGUUUCACAGCUAAAUAAAACCAAAAGUCAGAGGGAUAGCUGGAACAACUGCAUCCAAACUGUGUCACUGAUGAUGGCUGUGUUGGUUUCGUUUAAAGAGGAUGUGAAACUCUAGAGAGCAUUUGAUGGAGUCAGCUUUUCUGCCAUGUGUGUUUGAAUCUUUUCUUUUACUCAGGGAGAAGUUAAAUUAUGGGAAAACUGCAUUUUGAGGAGUUAAGCUGCUGGCCUGAGUAAUGUCAUCCCUCUGAUUUAAGUUCCUAAAAGAACAAUGGGGGUUAUGUUUCAACACGUCCCUUAACAAAGACGUCCUCCCUCAAAGUGAAGGGAAAGGACUGUAUUCCUCUUUUUUUCACACUCUGUUUCUGUUUGUGACUCUGUUCUUGUAGUUUGCAUGGAAGCAGCAGUCCUCCUCACGUAUCCUCAGGCUGGGUUUACCUCAAAGGGCCUCUUUACUCCUCAUUCAUUACGAGCUCGUAGGAAACCGAUUUGUGAUUCUCGGCUCAGUUUGAGCCGAAUCUGUGUCGGCUGAGAGAGUCAGUGGGUCAGCUGUUAUAAUGUCAGAUAUCAUGAGGGAGAUGUAACCGGCGGCUCUGUUGACAGGGGUGUGUGUUUACAUGGAGGCUGUGUGACGUCUGAGUUAAGCUGAAUGUCUUUUUUUUGUUCUCCACAUUUGAGGUCUCUCCUCAGCUGUCCUGUCUAGUAAAGGCAAGAAUACCCAAAAUCAUAACUUUAACAUGUGCAUGUAGGACUACUUCAUGACUCCAUGGCUGAACAAACUUUUGAAGGCAUUUUACAUCUUUCAGUAAAUCAGAUACUGAGCUGCAUUGUUACCUGAUUAUCUUUAAAUCAUCUUGCCAAAUGACAGUAAAUCUAUGUAAAUAUUAUUUUCCCAUUCAUAAUUCCUCCUCUCCUGUUUGUGUGUAAAAUCAGGGCAUGAUCUAAUGACACUUAAACCUGAUAUUUCCAGUUGUAGGUUUCCAUAGCCCCUAUAUUACACAGAAGCCGCCUGCACACCUAGCUUGUCAUGCACCUUUUUAAAAAUCUAACCGCACAUCAAAACAACAUAGACGGCAAGCUCUGUGAUUGGUCGGUAGCAUUGGUUUCCUGCAACUGCAACAUAACUAUAGCAGUCUACAUUCCCAGAUGCAGUUGUUAGGAGUCGAUCAUUGCAGUAUUUGGUCUGCUGAAAUACAGUAAGUGUGGCUGUGCAUUGACACAUAGAUAUCCAGAUUGAACUUUCCUCUAUCUUUCAUGCAUUUCCAGUUGUAGCUGUGUUUGUGUAUCACAGUACCCACAACAUCAAACACUGAUUUAAGCUCCUUUGAGUAACUUUACUGAGUUGAUAUUAGCACCGCUGUGAAUCUCAUACUCAUCACAGUGAUUCAGCAACAUUGAUUUCAGUCUGUUUUAAAGAAAAACACAAUAUUGUGUUGCUCUCUGGAGAGACCCUCAGAGCCUCUCAGCAUGUGACCAAAGAGGAGAAGAAGACAGAGAAUUCCCUGAGUUUAGUAUCACGAUAUUUUGAUACCAGGCAGGGACUCCAGCUGCUCUGUUCUGCUCUGGGUGGGGUCCGCCCUCAGGCCCCUCUCUGAGGUAAAGUCAGAGAACGCUGAUAAGACUGACUGACGUCACUCCAUAGACAUUAGCCAACAAUGCAACCAUUUACUCCAGGCCAGAUUUAGUCCCAAAGCAGGCCUCUCCCGGGAAUCUGGGCACCAAUGACAGCAGAAUCCUAAAUAACUCUGCUGCAAAAAAACAAACUCUGUAGGGGAAAAAAGUUUCGCAACUUUGAGGUGAUGUUCACGUCCUGUAGCUUUGACAUCAAAGGUUCAACACUACUGUAAUGUGAUGUAAUUUUCAGUAGAAGGCUUCAGAUUGAGUAACCUGACCAUGUUGGAGCUAAUUAGAUAGAAAGGAGACAGUGGGCUGUGACUGCAGAGAAAAUGUUUCUAGCUUUGGUGAUUUUAUUAUGUGUGGCUUACAUGAAGUACAGCAGUAUGUUUAUAACCAGAACUAUAAAAUAGUAUCUCUGUGCAGCAGCAGGCUGAAGACUCUCCGAGUGUUCAAAGAAACCAAAUAUGAACAUUAGAGUGUAAUGGAAUAUUUCAUCAUGGCUAAAAUAAACACGCAGCACAGUCUGUCGGUGAUAAGUUUUCAUUGCUUUGGCUCGACUCUGACUUGUUGGGUUUCAAAUCAAACUGUUCCUAUCAGGUGGAAAAAAUGCUGACUUUUAACAAGGUUGUUCGCAGUCAUAUUGGGUCAAGAGAGGUGAAAACUUCAGUUCAGUACUCAGAAUAUUUAAUAAGGGAGCCAAAUUCAUAGAAAUUACGGACGGUGAUGUCUAAUUUAUUCGACUAAAGGAUGAUGUUGCUGUUUACCAUGGAAACCAGUCCAGAGACCUGUUUCAAGACUUCUUCUUGGGCAGUAUACAUGAUUUUUUUUCUUUUUCAUAAUUACAAAUGACUGGGCUGAAAUCCACAAGUCCCUUGUGGCAUAUUUUGCCGAGCCUAAUAUUUUUUUUUCUUCUUUUAUUCAAGAAAAAGUUCAUUCAUGUUCAUCAAUUUAGUUUCUCCUUUGUAAAUACUUUUAAAAUUGUUGUACAUUAUAUAAUGAAAAAAGGCACAGCAGCCUGAGAUUAACAUAACAAUGGACAUUUCCUGAUCUGAUCUCUCAUAAUUCGCACCUCCUGUGGAAAAACUGUAUUCAUUUGACCAUUAUUAAAGGAGCUACACAGCUGCAUAGAAACUUCACAUUGUGGAAACCAGUGGAAGUCGUCGUGCAGGAAUGCGGCUUAAACUUAAAUGCUUGUUUCUAGUGCGCUGGUGCGACCCUUAUCCUACAAACUUGCUUUUAUAACUACCCGUCUUGAUUACUGCAACUCCUUGUACGUAGGGAUUAGCCAGGCUUCCCUUGCCCGCCUGCAGCUUGUGCAGAACUCUGCUGCACGUCUCCUGACACAGACCCGCAGGCGUGAGCACAUCACCCCCAUCCUGGCGUCCUUACACUGGCUCCCUGUUCAGUACAGAAUUCAUUUUAAGCUUUUAGCAUUUGUUUUUAAGGGCCUGAACAACCUUGCUCCACCCUAUAUUUCGGAGAUGCUCCAGCCUCAUUGCCCACCCCGACCCCUAAGAUCAGCUGAUCAGCUUUUACUGACGGUCCCCAGUACUAGGCUGAAGCUCAGAGGGGACAGAGCAUUUGCCGCUGCUGCCCCUAAGCUCUGGAAUGAGUUGCCCUUGAAAAUUAGACAGGCCUCCUCAUUUCCUGUUUUUAAAUCCCUUUUAAAAACGCACUUUUACUCAUUGGCUUUUAGUACAUUGUAGUGUUAAUUUGUUUUUUUUAUCAUCUUAGCACUUGCCGUGAGCCUCCUUAUUUAUACACUUAUUUAUUCCUUUGCAUUACUGUAUUUCUGCUUGUGUUAUCUUGUUUUUUGAUUGUUUUAUUUGUUUUUAUGUCACUGUACAGCACUUUGGCUACCCUUGUGGUUAUUUUAAAUGUGCUAUAUAAAUAAAGUUGAUUGAUUGAUUGAUUGAUUGAUUGACUGCUUUUUCUGCACUUUCCUAAACAAAAGAUCGAGAGUUUGGUCCAAAUGCUGAGGUGUCCUUGGGAAAGACACUUGACUCUGAAUGUGGUGUGAAUAUGGCAUUUAAUGUAAAAGACUAGAGAAAGUGCUAUGUAACAUGGUCCUUUUACCCUUUUGCAACACUGGAGGUUGAUACUCGAUCCUGGCGUGGUCUGGAUUUGGUGGGUGCAUGUUUGGUGGUGCACAGGUGAUAAAAACAGAGCUAUAAAUAUGAAUUUUCAAUCUCUGCCCUGUGCUUAUGAGGCUUGACACAUGUCAUGUGUCCUGGUGAGCGUGUUCUCCGUCUUUGUGAGUUGAAUUGGAGUGUUUCUAUGGUGCUGAAAAGUAGCUUUAUUUAAAUGUAUGGAGUGAACAAAGGCAGUGGUUAAAUUGUGUUUUUGUGUGUUUGUUAUAAAAACACAUUUACAUGAACUCCUUUCUUUUGUUGCCUGGACUGUGUUUGGGCUUAAACACCAGCAAGUGCGUGUGUGUGUGUGUUUGCAUGCGUUGUCAUUAAUUUUGUGUAUUGUGCUCAGUAUUUUCUCACCUCUCUGUAUCUCUCCCCUCCCGCACUCACUCACACUUCCUGCUGUUAUGGUUUCAGAGUAAUCACCCCUCAUCACAGUGAAAGGCUUGUGUAACAUCCUCUUAAAAGGCAGGAGAGGAGAGAGUCUGUAGAUGUGUUUUUGUGCAUGCGGCUUUCACAGUUUACCUGUUUUUGGAGCUUACAUGAUCGCAAACGUCAUCCUUGAGCCACUCUGUCUCAUCCAGAAGAGAGGGACGAAUGAUGGCGGCUGUACCUCUCUGCUGAAACCACUAGACAGUAAAGUUGCUCCAGCAAGAACUGGGACUGACAGGAGGAUGAGUGCAACCUGCUGGAAUUCUCCCCUUUGCUGCACAGCAGGCCAGGACCUGCUGAGGAAUGCAGGGAAGACAGCGAGGGAAAGAGGGAGGGAGGGAGACAGACGUAAUGAACUGAGAGAAGAAUUUCAGAGGCGUGCACUGGAGUAUAAGGGAAUGGAAGAGAUCCUACCAAAACCCACUAGAGAAUCAGUCUCAACCAAUCAGAUUUUUCCAUUAGCUGACAUCACCACUGUUUUAUUUUUGCAUAUCAUAACACAACGCUCAUUAUUCCAUGCACUGUAUAACCUAUCACGUUUAUCUGAGCUAGAGCAAUCAUCUGUACCUGAUAGCAGAGUUGAUAUGCAACACUAACCAGUAACUGUUCAAGGCUUAACAUGUGGUCAUUUAGGAUGGAUCUGUCAUUGUUUAGGGGGACGUUCACUAAACUGCUUGCAGUGUCUGCAGACCUUGAGGUUUUUAAAUUGACCUCAGUGGUGCAGGUAUCGGGUCAUGCAGAUUUAAUCCAAAUAAGUUUGAUUAAUACACCUUACCAAUUAAAUGGUCUAUACCUAGAGGGGUCAACUGGUAUUGGUUUUUAAUUAGUACUCAGUAAGACCAGUAAAAGAUAAUUGGAACUAGAGAUGGACCAAUUAAUCAGCUGGCAGAUAUCUGCCUGAUCCAGGCAGCAAAUUAGCAUUUUUCUCAUCACCCAUUAACAGCUUAUUAAAUCUCAGCCACUGGCUAGUGUUUAAGUUUGUCUCCCAAAUGUCUUGCUAUUGGGUCAUUAAACAGCCAUCUCAAGCAUAUUAGAUUAAAAUGCUCAUAGAGUAAUGAAUCUGUACGUCUAUGGUUUGAUUUUAAACUCAGUGCUUACCUUGUGAUAUUUCUUUCUCAACAAUGUCAGAUUUUCUUGCCAGAAAUCCAAAAGUUCAGUAUUUGAGUAAGACAGAUAUUACUCCAUUGACAUUUAUCUGAUGAAAUGUUCGACCAGGUACAGUGAGUCUUUUAAUUUGUCCGUUUUAUUUAUUGUUGUUUUUCAUCAAUUGCAAAAAAAAAAAAAAAAAAAGCCAAUGAAAAACUAUCAGUCGCCCUCCGGAGUAAGCAGCUAUCCAGUUUCAGUUACAGUAGUUACAUCACAUGCUCUGUGACAUCUAGCCAAUUAGAUUGUGUUGUGGGCAGGGCUUUUGAAUUGUAACAUCAACUGAUCAUUUGAAGUAAAUGUAAGCUCUUUUCUCUUUAUACUUACUUUCAAACCACAGCUGGCUUUCAUAACGCGGGACAAACAGAGAUGCUGAGGCUCAUAGCUUUAACAGAAACUUCACUUUUAGGAUCAGAUUCAAGACUUGAAAGGCUCUACACGUGGUGGCGCUGUCUCAGUUAGGACACCACUGUCGCUACAAACCCAUAAAACAAACUCUCAUUAACCACCUGGCUCCAGGUAAAACUUGUACUUGUAUUCGUCUACAAUCAAUAAAUAGUCUUUAAUUGGUUUCCCAUUUAUUGUGUUGGAAAUGUCUCUCCUCUGUUUGCACAUUAAUCAUUUCUGGGAAAAUAAGUCAGAAAGCCACUGUGCUGGCGAUAAUAACAGCUGGAUUAUCAGCAAUUACAGCUGAUGAGUAUGCGUCAUGCAUGGAACAAUACACAGUAUAGUUAAAACAAUAGACAUUUAUCCAGGCAGAGCAGGAAACCAGUCAUUAUGUAACGUGUAGGCCAGUUAAUUACACACCAAGACAAACACUGUAAAACGCUGACACAUGCAUUUUCCUAAUUUUGCAGUAAAAACAAGUUAAAGGUCAAAUUGGACUCUGAUCUGGGAUCAUUGAGUGAUUGUAUACUGAAGAGGUGUACACUGCAGAAAACAUCUGUUUUUAGAGUACUUUUGUUUUUCAUGCACUGUACGUUGUAUGAAGGGCAGCGAAGGUUUAGACUGUCAGUACAAGUCAUGGGCGGCAUAAUCCACCAAAUCAUCCCGACAUGCCUGAUUCAGUUACAAAGUUUAGGCGUCAGAAAAGAAGCCCAUCCGAUUUAUUUUGGAGGAGAUGAUGACUAAGUGAGAGGCUCGCAUGUGAUCCUGAAGUCACCAACACAGUGACCUCAAAACUCGCCUUUUAAUAGUUUUAUGGGGUACAUUCUCUUCCUCUUUCCGACCACUAUCAUCCAAAUUAAUAUCACGGUUCCUCUUAAUAGAAUCAACCUAAUCUAGUUAGCGUUAUUUUCAGCCCAUUACUUCUUAUUCGCGAACCUUCACUUCUGUUCAGCUGCAGCCUAUCGCCCAUUUCAAGUCACGUCUGGCUCAAAAUAAACACGAGAUGACCACGGCAAAAAUGCCAAACUCGUGAUGCUGGGUAAUACAUCCACAAGUGUGCGAGGUCACUGUAGCUGCGUCCACUUCUCACACUGUGUCUGACCUAUCCUGAGUUAAACACACAGGAAACAUGCUUUGGAAAAACAGCUGAAAUUGUCUUUACGUAACCCAGUGUAUAAGUCUGGACGUUAUUCUGCAUGAGUUAACAUUGCACAGUGCACAUAAGAAUCAUUGUGGCAAUAAAUACGCUUACAGAGCAUCAGUGGUAUGAAAAUUAUGGCUGCAGGGGGUGAGUUGUUGUCUCCUCACAGUUACAGCAGCUUGAUAACCAUGGCAGCAGAGACAGUGUUUGGUUACGCCAACAUCAUAAGGACUUCAUUUACUGCUCUUUGUCCUGAGAGGGCAAAACAUCAUCCUCACAUCUCCAUGGCAACUUCCCCUUAAAGCACAUCUUCAUGUCUGCGGCUGCUGAUGACGCCUGCACACUAUAUUACAGCUUGUGCAGUACCUUAUAAAAAAUAGACUACUUGCAUUCAUGCCGAGGUGAGUUUGCAUGCUGACAUUCCUUCACCUAUGUCUCCUGACAGAGCAGGAAACUGGUCACAGUAUUAAGAAUAUAAUGGGAUUUAAGAUGCAAGAAUCCAAAAUUGUAUUAGUGGCCUACAUCACUGAGAAAUCAAAUAAAACCAAAGGUAAAAUGGUUGACAUUUAGCAUUUCAGUUUUAAAAAUACUUGGAGAGUUUCAGAGUGUCUUUUCAGUCCCAUGAUCCCGACUAAUAAAAGGGAUACUUGAGAAAUAUGUCUUCCUCUUGGCAACAGUGUGAAUGGAUCCAUAGAGAGAUGGUCCUUAGAAACCCUGCCAUGCAGGUCAUUAGGAGGGAAAGCAGGGUUUUGGCUUCUCAGACAUUAAAACAAGACUCAACACUCAAAGAGAUUUAAAGAUUGAGGGCAUGAAGGUUCAAAAAGGUGAGCUUAGUGUUGAUCAGUGCAGAAGAGGACCAAAACUCUGGGUCUGAAGAGAAGGUUGCAGAAUAUAGAGGACAGUGCUGUUAUUACAUGACAGUGAAGCACCAAAAUGCCCAUAAAAUAUAACUGUAAAAAAAAUGCUGUCAGCUUCAAAUUCCAUCUCAGUGAAGGGGAUAGAGAGACUUUGAAUGGGCUCCUGUGACCUGUUGCAUCCUGAUACUUGUCACUAGUUUGUAACUUCAGGCAACUGUUUGGUUGCAGCAUGGAGACCUCAGGUUAGUCGUAAGUAUGUCCAGAUGUCCCGCUCUCAACUCUGUUUGUACCUGCUUAUCUAGAAGUGGUGAAAUGAUGAUAAUGCGCCAGCAGCCGACCUGCACAGAUAAGACGCUUUCACCUGAGAUAUGUUCACACAUUUUAGGAGAGGUCACAUUUGUCUCCUGUUUUGAAGCGGAUUUGUGCAAAUUCAUGCCGUCCUCAUGAUGUCAUUCGUCCAUUAAAUCUGCUGAGUCUCAAGAGUUCAUUUCUGUCUGCUGGCCUCUUUCCCUUCAGUUUCCCUUCCUCCAUCAAAACCAUGACGUGUGACUCCUCUCAGCCACAUACAUCACUGUGCGUCUGUCUGAGUUGUAAUUACAGCGUGGCACUUUUGUGUGUCAGUUUGUGUGUGGGUUUUUUUUUCUGAGUGAUCGGAAUGAGCUGAACCCUGGGCUGAGACGGACCUUUGCUCAGUCAGACAGCAGGAAGGUAACUGAUUUACAGCAUCCGAGGGAACUUUUGACACCACGCACUCACAUUCCACCCACAUGCAAGCAGUCACACAAUAGCGCCUUAAAAUAGAGACUGAGGCAAGACGCUAAAAAAAGAGUGACAGGAGGAAGAAGACAGACACUGCUGAGAGACUUCAUAUAAAACCUGUAACUCCACUCUGACAAUGGUAAACUCUGUGUUGUUCUAUGAUGCAGGGUUGUAAACAUCCCGCUGUGCUAAUGAGCGGGUGUGUAUUGUUUUUUAGGGAUGAUCACACAGAGCCCUCUUGUUUACAGUGAAGCAGGGAUGACGCACGGUCAAAUGUUACGGCCUUUCAGACCACGCUGAGUUUGGAGAGUGUGUGAAAUGGUGCGCUAGUGCAUUCCUCCUGCAUUCCUCUGGCUCAUCACUGUAAUCGUCUUUGCUUGACCUAAAACCAGGGACUCACUUGAGGUCUAUCAAGAUAAAAGUAUACUUCUUUAGCGCUCUGACAAGUUUAUAGGCCGUAACAUUUUUUGGUUUGUAGACUAAAUCAUUCUGGGUUUUUCCCUCUAAUUUUUUACAGUACUAAUUUUGGCAGCUAUUUUACAUUUAGUCUUUGGACCAAAUGCCUUUUAGUUUUAGUCACAAUUGAGUUAUCUUUCUCCCUAAAUCAUUUUAGUCAAUAAAACCAUUUUAGUCUCCACUUGUAGUCAGAUGUUUUCAGUCCUAAAAUUAGUUGAACUAAUCAAACAGUGGUAUCAAAGUGGUAUCAAGAUGCCUUACCCAGGUACAAAGAUCAGACUCUCCCACCAACACAGAGCUGCUGAGCUGUUCCUGCUGAUCUACUAGGGGUGGGAGAAAAAAUUGAUACAGCAUAGGAUUGGGAUAUUCUGUCUGGUGAUAUAUCGUAUCGUCUAAUUUAACAAGUAUUGAUUUUUCAAAUUAAUUCCUAAUAUGAAGUCAAAUCUAUGAAAAUGGAAAAAUAAAAUCAACUGUUUGUCCAGUGAGAUUGGCAGAGGUGACGUCAUGGAGCAGGAGAAAGUUAGUACAACAAAUAUAUAAAAGGUUUGCAAGAUGUGAUUCUUGAAAAUGAAAUACUGUGUAAAUGAGACAAACAUAAAGGAAAGACAUGUUAAAUUAGCUAAACAGUUGAAAAAAUUACAUAAAUCGCAAUAUAUUGUAUUGCAACACUUACUAUAUUGCAAAUGCAAAAUGUUAAAGUCACAAUAAUAUCGUAUUGUGAUAACAUUGUAUCGUGGGCUACUGGUGAUUCCCACCCCUAUGCUUAACAGAGGUAAUACGGAGGUUUGAUCCUUGAUUUGGAGUUUGUUUGAUUAUUUCUUAUUGUAACAAAGCUUCAAGGUAGUAAAUCUCAUACUGUUGGAAAGCCUGAUUAUUCCCUUUUAAAUGGAGCCGCAUUUAUAAUGAACAUGUAUUUGUGGGAUGAGCAGCAGAGCUGAGUUUGUGGUUUGCGUCUGUGAAAAAGUUGCCAAAUCUUCUCUGCCAAACAGCUGAUUCUGCUGUUGUUUGGUUUUGAGCUUCUUGUGUUGACAAUCAGGUGCCUGAUUGGGAAACUUCAAGCUGGUUCUCAGUGGGCGUCCCAAGACGACCGUUUCCUGACCCUGUCAGCUCGUAGGAACUGUAGACUGUCUUCUGACGCUGUCCCACAGCAGACUUUGACCAGCAUGAGGAGGAGGUGCCAGGCUGUUGUGGCUGUGUAUGGUUUCCUCUACAUGCUACUAAGGCUACUGUUUGUUAGAUGAAUGAAUUGUUAAAUUGCUAAUAUGUGUGGUUUCUUCAGACUUCAAUCAUCUGAUACACCAAACAACACCACACAGGAGUCUCUGGCAGAAUAAGCUGUUCGACAUUGGCAGAGAAGAUUUGGCAGCAUUUAGAGAGCUUCAUACUCAGCUCUGCUGUUCAUCCUACAAAUGCAUGUCCCUUACAAAUGUGGCACCAUCUGAAAGGGAAAUAAACAGGCUUUCCAACAGUACAAGAUUUAUUGAAAGGAAGCAUUGCAACCAAACACAAAUGUACCUGCAUCGGUUCAAGCAACCUUCCCGGUUCUUACUUUAGUGCUCAUUGUGUUUGUCUAUCUAAUGUUUGGUCUGUUAGAAGGCAGCCUCGGAUGCUAUUAUAUUUGCACAUAUUGAAUCUGCAGUGCUCAUUCAUUGCAGGUGCAGAAAGGAAGUGUUGCUGCAGUCUCAUUACAGGAACCUUCAGGAGGUUUUAGUUUAUGAUGCAACGUCAGGGCCAGAAAACUCGUCUGUACAUAACAGAGAACUGACUGCCCUUCACGGGCCAAAGGCUGCAGGAACACUGAUAAUAUUUAUGAGCCACCGACUCACAAUAGCAUGAAAAAUUGAAGGCAUAUUUUCAAACAAGGUUCACAUGUGUUUUUGUGUGCGUGUGUGUGUGCAGACCUGGUCCAAGGUGAGGGACAGGGAAAAACCAGGCUGCUGGUGAGGCUUACGGUCAUCCAGCGUUUUAGCAUUCCUCACAUUCCUGUGAUGGAGAAAGGGUGGAGGAGAGGAAGGGUGAGAAAGGGAGAGAGAAAGAAAGAGAGAGUGUGUGUGUGUGUGUGUGUGUAUCAGGGAGAAAAGGUCUUAUCAAAGAUGGAUUCUCUCUGUGGUGUUUGUUUAAUGAUAACGGAGACUAAAUAUUCAGGGGAGGCUCUGAGAAAAGUUUCCGUGUGGGAACUUUGUCGAGUCUCUUAUGGACGAAAACCACGAACACGUGUCACCGUGCACCGCUCUAAGCUCUGUGCUGGGAGUCGUUUUCACAGCAUUAUUACCCCUCAGAAAUAACCUUAAUAUAGUGAACAGCUGAUCUGACGCUGCAUAUAAGAUAUGAUAAAAGUAUUUAUUACUUUCUGUACAGAACUCCUUUGCUGCGGAUGAUGAGUACAACUUCUGACAUCUUGGUUUUCUCUUAGUAAAUCAAUGUUUGACUGAAAAAAGAGUCAACCAUUUGGCUGCUUGUCUUUGUAAAUGUGACCUUUUUUGACUCAGUCAUGUAUUCAGUGCCUGCUGCUCUCUCUCUCCGCAGGCUUAAGUUAUUUUGCUUUAUUUUACCUUGUAUAGUGCUCGUGGAUGGCUUAACCUGCAGCUGACGUAAUAUCGCCAACUUUUAACCCUGUGAAAGCAGCUUCUUUUACCAAAUAACUGUCCUGACAGAGAUUCAGAGUACAAGUGUUGUUUGGAAACACAGGCAGUCCCUCCACAGACAGAGCAAAUUAUGCUUUUGUUUAAAAGGCAUUCCUGUCAUACUUUAAUAGUCUCUUUUUCAUGCUUGUGACACAAACACAGCUGAUACAGAGCUGGUUUCUAAUUUUGCAAGGAUCUAGAAUAAUAGUCGAGUCCUUUAUUGUUCAGAUUUUUGUGUGCAUGACAGAUGUGGGAUGAUCCGGGUCUAGCCUGCCAACGUGCAAGCCUGAAUGGAAGCACUGCCUUUCCACAGCUGUCAUGCACCCGGCAGCCUGAGGCCGGUUAAGAGUGAACGCGCAAGCAACAAGCUGUUCAUCAUCAGCAGCUGCCGACAUCCACAAACAGAUGAAACACCGGCUGUGGGGUAUGAUUGUUCAGCCCCUCAGGUGAGGGUGAUUGAUGCCUUCAUGAGGGGGUGUGGCCUGAAACACAGAGAGAAAGACACAGAGGGAAGUCUUUGAAAGAAAAGACCUCAUGGCGGUUCUUUGUCCAAAACAAGUAAUAAACCCGAUUUCCGCGACGUCAAAGACAUCUGCAACAACUAUCAUUAAAAAGAUUAUUUUCUGCAUCGUUCCCCUAAAAACAGCCGUUGACGUAAGAGAGUGAGUGUUUCCAGAAAACACUUUGGUGUUUGCUGAGCUAUUAUGUCAUCACUGAAGCCCUCCAUAGUGGACCCUCUGUCUGCUGAAGUCCCUGCAAACACACGCACACACACAUACACACACACACACACACUAUCUGUCUUAGUGAGCAUCAUGUGAUGCUUUGAGACGAAUCCUGUCCGGGAGUUAAACAUUGACUCUCUCUGGCUUGAGAUUGUAUCAUUUGUCCAACAGCACACUUCCUGGAAGUGGUCAUCCCCUCCACUCAUGCACGCUCACAGUGGCUGUUUUUAAAGGCAACCAAAUUUGUAUUAUCACCCUUUUUUGGGGGGAAAAUCCCAGAGUCUAAACUUUUUAGGGGUUUUUUCUCCAACCUAAAAUACCGCAGAGACUGGCACAUGAGAGCAUCAGAGCUGUUUUUGUGAAGCAGUAUGUGUCACACCCUGGUAAACGAGAUAGAGCAUCAUAUCCACUGGGGAAAAACAGGAAGUUCACUGACCUCAAUCAGAGUGUUUGCAUUGCGUGUCAUCAGUGUGUAUACCCUCACUGUGUGGGUUUGCCCACACUGCGUUUGUUUACUCAAUCACGUCUUGGGUUUGAUGUUUGCAGCUCUUUGACCGUUCAGGCUGACAGACUUGAAGACUCUGCUCUCACAGAGGUCAUGAGUGCACCAAAAACCAUCAGGGAAACACUUAAAAAUUAUCAGUCUUUGGGUCCUCAGGCAUCACUGCAUUAAAAACUGGUAUUGCUCUGUUGUGGAAGUCUCGGCAUAGGCUCAGAGUUGCAUUGAAAAUCCAUUGUUUUGAAUACAGUUUGUUUUCAUUAUCUCUGAUGGUAUGGGGAUCAUAAGUGUCCGUGCCAUGGGUAGUUUGGCUCUAUCAAAUGUACAGAUUCUUGAGCAAAAUGCUGCCAUCUAGAUGAUGCCUGUUUUAGGGCAGACCUUACAUAACACUCUAAGAAGAGGCGAAACUCUGCACUCUUAAAACAGCAUGGCUCUGUAGUAGAAGAGUCCUGGUCCGCCUGCAGUCCCGAUUUAUGGUUAAAAACUUUUGGUGCAUCUUGCAAUCAGAGAGACCCUGAAGUGUUGAGCAGCCAAAGUCUUGUAUUAGGCAAAAAUGGGACAACACUUCACUUUCAAAACCCAGACACUAGUCUUCUGGGCUCAUAGAGAUGCCAAUCUGACAUAAUCAAGAGUUUUGUGAGUUGUAAGUGACGUAAAAGUACUCCUGCGGUAUGAAAGGGACAGAAAAAAGCCUUGAAAUGAUAAAAAAAUAAGACAUAAUUAUCAAUAGUUAAUUGAACAUUGGUGUCUUUCCCGCUGAAAUCAGAGUUUUAGAAUGACACUGAGACAAAGAUCGAUGAAAACAGAUGAACGGGUGCUACCUCAGGAAAUGACGAAGACAAAUCAUGUGAAAUGUUUAGGUAUUUUGAAUAAUUAGCUCUGGUUAAAGAUUGAUCUCUAACCUUUAGAUUCUGCUGAAUGCCAACAAUAGUUAACUGUCCUUCCUCCUCGUUGGAGGACUUCCACCUGACUGCCGCAUUCACUGCAGUGAACUCUGUUUUCCACUCUCUGCGGCCGGAUCCUGUUUGGAUCUGUGAGGUUUUAUUUUGAGCGCGAAAAGGAUUUCACACUUUGCAGUGACUCAAGACUUUUUUGUGGGUGUGAUCUGGAUUUUAUUUUAACUUUAUGCCUCCACUUUUCCUGCAAAAAAAGAAAAACAAACAAAAGCUGGUUUACUCAACUUGUUAACCAACUUGAAGCUACAGUUAUUACACGCCAAUGUUUGUUUCAUGCAAUAACUCGCUCAAUAUGACCAAAGGUGGGAGAAGUGAAUCAUAAGCCGUUUGUCAAAUGAUGUGGCUGUGAUGCAUCUGCUUUGGUUUUAGAGGUCUUUCCAACAUUAAAAAAAAAACCUCCUGGAUGAAUCUGCAUCUGUUCACUGAGUGUUACUACACUGAGACUAGAUUGAGUUGUUUUCCUGGUGAAAAGAGGCAGCAGAAAUUUUGGUGCUCGUUGUGAAUCGAGACAUUUUCUGGAUCAUGAAGUGCUGCUUGGUUUGUGUUGUUCACCUGUGCUGUCCUUAGACUCUACAGAUGAUGAUCGCAACACCAGGAAAUCUUUCUUGAUAAGUGCAUGAGUGUAAUUUGAAUGCUCUGAAUGAAAAUCUCGAUCACUCAGUGGGAGUAAUGGCAGAGAAGAAUGAGAGGGUCAGAGGGGGCACUUUGCUUUAUGUGCGCUCUGUACUUUCUGUUGUCUUAUCUCCACUGACAGGGGCAGCUGGGGCCUCUUUAGGGGGGUGCCUACACGCGGUAUAGCAGAGUUAUGUCCAGUCCAGUGCAAAAUCUCCUAAAACCUGUCCUGCUGUUUUGUUCCAGUUCUUUUUAAGAUCAGCCCCCCUCUUCCCUAGAUCUGUGCCAUCUAAUAAACUUGUUCGUCAGCCUGCUCACCUUUUCUAACCUUAAGUACAAACACACAUACACCCCGAAUGCGACAAAAAAACUCUGUUAGAUAUCUUCCACAGGCUGUGGUUUCCCUCCCUGUCCUAACAGUCACUCUGCUCUGUCCUCCCAUCAGAUGUCGAGUCCCAGUCGCUGUCCAGACACCCCCAGAGAGGAGCAGCAGCACAGGAAAUAAGAGACCUCAGAAGACGGCAGGUAAAACCUCUGCCUGCAUGUGUGGGGACAUGUUGUAUCGUGUAAUUAUCCUGACCUACUUUACCUGUGGAGAGCUGCGUGUGUGGGUACAUACUGUACAUGUGUGUGUUAUUGGAAACGGAGUGAGCGAGUGAGCGAGGGGAUGAGUGAGCGCUGACUCGACUGGAAUCCGGGAGAGUGGGCCUGGUCCUGACAGGCGGGGAAUGUGUGGAAGUCGGCCAGCAGGCUACUUUCAUGACGGGCAUGAGUGUAACAACACCUGUGUGCACUCUCACUGCACCAUCUUUGAUGCACUAAGAACUCCUCGGCUGGAUCGCUCUGGAACUUGUCCGGGCGGUUGGAGGAAAUGCGUCCUGGUGUUUUUGUUUUCUCACGUCUCUUCAGCUAGGUGUGGUGGAAACCUUUAUUCCUCAUGUGCAGCUGUCUUGGCCUCGAGUCAAUUUUGUCAAAUGAAAUGUGGUAUCUGCUUUGAUGAUGCUGCUCUUCUUGGUUGUUUUUAAGUGCCAUGAGAAGUGUGUUUGUUGAUAUCUGAAACAGGACUCGGCACUUUUUAAUCAAGGCUCACGUGAGGAACUUAGGAACUUUUGGGUUGUGGUGCCCCCGAUGGAUGAAAGCUUUGCUGAUAUUGUCCAGGACAUGUAAAAGUAGUGAUUCCUGCCAAUGUAUCUUCUCUUGCUUUAUUUUAUUGAUCUAUUUUUAUUUUUUUUUCCAUGACAAUAGAGCACAAACCACAAAAGCUUACAAUCAUGAAUAUAACCGGAGGACCCUCUUCCUGCAUCCUCUUAUUCUGUGCUGUCCCUCUUUACUAACAAUACUCAGUCCAGUUUUUCCCAGUAUUGUUCAUGAGUCCAUGCUCUAAUUCUGCGGUAGUAGGCCUGUCUUUUCAUUGAGUACAAUUCCUCCACAAUGUGAAACUGCUGUAAUCAUUGUUUUCAAGUAUCAGGAUUUAGAACACAUCCUUUUUUAAAAUCACAUCACUAAAUCGGUCCAGCAUUAAUUAUCCUAUUACCCUCUUAUGCAUGUACUUUUAAAAUCUCUGUAUCAUAGAACGAUUUGAGCAGUUUUCUCUCUCUGAGUGUACAUACAGUAGAUAGUCAUUCAGUCUUAUGUAGGAGACCUUAAAGGAAUAUUCUGGUUUAAAUUUAAGUUACGGUCAAACACACCUUAACACUGAGUUAGACACCCCCUCGAGAGAUAAUUGUUGCACAAACCUCAACCAAAAAGCCAUAAAUAAUGCUCAGAACAGCACCUAACUUCAUCAACAGUACAUAUAGGGUCCCAGCCAUAGUACUAGCCAUCAAACAUCUUUUUAGCUUUGCCUAAUUUCUUUAGCAAAGACACCAAACACAACUCACCUACUCUCCUCCAGCAGCCGCUAGUUUGUGGGGGGAGCCCUGACGAGUCGAUCACUGAGUGCAGCAGAGUUUCGCAGCUCAAGGAAGAAAAUUUAUGAUCAUUACUUCGUGGAAAAGCAACAGAGUUCUUGUGUAUCUUGUAUGUGCACUGCAGACGCGGUAUUUCUUCUGCCUUAGCAUCUCGGUCUGAUUGCAUUCCCAUGAAGUAAUGAUCAUAAAUUUUCUGCUGCACUCGGUGAUUGACUUGUCAGGGUUUCCCCCACAAACAAGCUAAAGAAACCAGGCAAAGCUAAAAAGAUGUUUGAUGGCUAGCACUAUGGCUGGGACCCUACAUGUACUGUUGAGGAAGUUAGGUGCUGUUCUGGGCAUUAUUUGUGGCUACAGAGUGGCUUUUUGGCUGAGGUUUGCACAUGGAGACAUAGACCGCUGUGUAUUGCUAUAGUGCGCUUGUUACUAAAGUUGGUAUAACUAGAGUAGCAAGCGGUCGGCAAAAUUCAUUUCUCGAGGGGGUGUCUGACUCAAUGUUAUGGUAUGUUUGCCCCCAACUUCAAUUUAUACCAGAAUAUCCCUUUAACUCAGUCAAAUUCAUUUGAUCAAAAGUUACUGCUCUUCUUCAUGGCCUUGUUCGCUUUUUUAAAAAUCACAAAAAGACAUUUAUCCUUGUCUUUUUUACAAUCAGCUCAAAACUUCUUGCACAGAGAGAGAGGCUGGGAUACUCUUUGUCUCUAUCAAAUACACUUUUUGUCCGUCAUUAAAUUCAUGAUCAUCCAUCAACAAAGCUGUUAUUAUUGUUUUUUUAACAAAUCAGUUGUUACUUCCUUUUUCACCUCACUACCAGUCUGUCCUACACACUAAGGAGGUUUUAGCUGCACCUGGACAUUUUAACACACAUUUAAACGCCGUUGUUUUCUUUUCUGAUUCAUUUUUGUGAUUCACUAACAGCCAGUAUUGAUAUUGUGACUGUCAGUUUCAUGAGGAAGUCGAAAUGUUGCUGCAAUAACUUCAGGGAACCAUGAUGAGUUUCCACUUCUGUUCAACUUGUUUCUAAAGAUUUCCCGUCAUCUCCGACUCCAGCAGUGAGUGUUGUUUCUCAAAAACUGUCUAACUCUGAAAGUGAAAGCUCGUUUCUAUGAAUGUUCGAUUCGGACAUGAGUCCUGCAGGGUUCAGGGUUUAUGUAAAUGGGUUUUCCCACUGUUGCCCCUCAGUGAGCUGAUUGGCUGGCACGUUUUUAGAGCAGAUGAUUGGAUGAAAUGAAAUAUAAAAUUAACCAUUAAAGCUGAGAAAUGUGGGACUCUCAGAGCUACUGACCCAGUUUGUCAAUCAAACCCAGAGUGGAGUGUGGAGGUCUGCUGCCUUGUUUGUCCUUGCUGCUCCUGAUAUAACAAAUGAUACUUUUUAAUUGAUCGGUCUAUGUCAGCAAAGGAUGAAGAGUUAUAUGGUGAGGGUGGAAAAAUGUCAAACUCACUCAGUAUAGUGAUAACUUGGUGAGGACUUUUUGGACAGUAGUGAAGCAGACUUAAAUUCAUAUUGAUUCCUCUCUAUGAUGUACAAAUAGGGCUGGGCGAUAUGGCCACAAAUCAAUAUCACAAUAUAUUGAGCAAUUCACCUUGAGAAUGAUAAAUUGACGAUAACUGCUCUACAAACUGUUCACCCCCUCCCACAUUAACUUUGUUUUCUUCAGCCAUCGCUCCAGCCACUACAACUUUUGAACUGUCCUCCAUCUCCUCACCUGUCUUUACCUCUUUGUUACAGACUGGAUGGGGUGGAGUCACGUCUCUGAUGUAGGACAGUGUCUUAACUUAAAGGGACAUGAGACCAUAGCCUAUUUACACACGUCCAAAACCAACUUUUAUUUAUGUAUUUUUACGACACCGAAUAUAUAUUGACAUGGGCAAAAUGAUGUUUGUUAUUGUCAUAAAUUUCGGCAUUGGUAAAUUUUUGGUUUGUUUUGAGUCAACUUUUCAUCAUCAGAAGUUUAAUGGAUCACCUUAGUUGGAUUAAGUUUGGUAAAACAGACUAACUGAUAGAUGGGAUGAUUGGGAAGGUAGUUCAUCAGUAUUAGAAAAAUAGUCUUUGGUUUUAUUUCAGUUUUAUUUCCUUCACAACGUUGGCAUGUGUUCUAGCCACAGAGUAAACAUCACUUUAACUUCCUCCUCCUCUGCUCUGUGAUGGCCGUAUAAUCGAGCAUUACAGGUGCAGCUUCAGCAGCAAUGAGCAUGAAAACAUUUCCAGUUGUCAAUAAGUGCAGGUGGCCAAUAAUCAGUGCAGAUGCCUCCCACCUGCGCUCUUCCUUCACUCCUACUGAAAUGUGGAAAAAUAGCGUGAUCCAAUUACUCCUGCGAUGUUCUUUCGGCGCUGAUGUCUGCUGUAUUAUCGCUGCAGAGCAGACAGGAGUUUAAUGGCACUGCAGGACCAUUACAAAGCUUCCUGUAGGACAAAUGAGGAAUGUCUGCACUGACUUUCUUCCCCCUCAGGAUGACCUUCAUCACUUUUUCUUUUUGUAUUAAAACUGCACAGUAAAGCUCCUCCACUCACACAAUCUGAGGAAGCCCUGCCCUCAGGCUCAUUCUCAGCUGUAUGUUUGGGUGGCAUUAUACUCUCAGCAGUGACCUUGCAGCCCUCAUGUAUUUCAGCACGAGUAUAAUUAGACGAGCUGAACAAUAUGGCGUGUACUAGCAGGGUUUAAUUAUAGACUGACAGUAAAGACAGGCAGUGUGCUUGCAUGAAACAUUAUAUUUUCAGUGUGCUGUAACAAGAGAUGUGAUUGUGUGUCUGACUCAUCGACGACAAAGAUAACACAAUAUAUUUGGCAUUGACUUCUGCACAAAACACUGGCUUGUGUGGGCUGUAUUAAUAGAUAAACAGACGAGUGGUGGAUGCUGCAGCGGAGGAUCCCGGACAGACAGACAGAUGGAUGGAUGGAUGUAAAACUGAAGAGGAGGAGGGCAUCGUUUACUGUCGCUAAGUGUCCCCAGCAACCCAGUCACCUCUGUACAGAGAUGACGGCCAGAGCCAAGAAAUGCCUCCCAUUUCAGAGCUGCGUGUGUGUGUGUGUGUCAUUCGGUGCCAGUGUGGAGCCCUUUGUUUAUGAGGGAGAUAAAUGGUGGAUUGGCAAGCUGCUGGAGGGCUAAUCCUGAAAAAUCAGCAGUGUGUGUGGGAGCCAUCCCCGCUUCAUUCACACUCCCUCAGUGAUAUUUUUUCGCUCGUUUCUAUCUGGUCUUUCUCUUUCCUGAAAGCUGCUUAAGGUGCUGUGUGACAUCAUAUAACUUUUUUAAAACUCUAUUUCUAAACUUCCCUUUAUUUAAAAAAAAUUCAUAUCUGCAGCAAGUUUCUGCUGUUGAUGACCUAAAACAACCUCUCUCUCCAUCAGCUUCAUAGUUCCUCUGCAGAGCCCCACUUUCUCAUCUAUCAGACUCAUCUGCCAGGGUUUGACAUUGUCAACAUUGCUAAUGUACACUCUGGGUUUGAUAAAGAAGACACUUAAGACUGACAGUGGCUUACAUGAACAGCCAAGUCAAUAUACAGUAAUAGCUCAAGUGGACCACUGUCCUUGUCCCAGUCAACUAUCACUGAGCCAGACUGGACUUAUAAGUAUGUCUGCCUCCAGUGUGGUAGGUGGUGAUAUGCCCCCUCUCAGCUGAAUUCCUCUUGACCCAUUAUGUCACAUAUUAGAGCUAAACAAUCUAAAAACAAGUAAGCAGGACACAAACUUAUUCUCUUCUGUAAGAUAAGAAAAUAAGAUAAGACUUUAAAUGAUCAAAUUAGAUAACAGGCAAAUAUUAUAGGAACUUUCAUCUUGUAAAACCCCAAAUAUGUUGACGAAGCACUGCUCAGGUUGUUUCAUGUCGUGAUUGUCUGCUCAAGAUGGCUGUGACAGGUCCAGUUUUGUACAAAAUCAUCUUUGUAUUAAUUCACUGAGGUCAAGAGUGCCUUUGAUGGUCAGGUGAGAGUGCUCUCAAACUUCAGAUAGCCUGAUGUGCUGGUGGACUGUUUGUUUUGUAUUCAAACCACUCAUGCUGUUUGAAUGACCUUUUCCCCUGAAGUUCGAACGAGGACAUUGAACAUUUAGACUUUCUUGACUUCACACUCACCGAGGAUGACCAUUUGAACCUCUUUCAGUCUGCCAACAAUAGAGAUCCUGCUUUGUCUUUCACAAAGAAUCGUGCGUUGUUUCAGUGUCACAGUCACUCAGGGAUGGUUAUUUUUGUAGAAUGAAAACACAAACCACUAUUUAAAAUUAGUAUUGGUCAAAAAAAAAAAAAAAGAUCUGUCCUCACGUAGUCUCAGAAAAGCUGCUCCAGUGUCAGCCGUUGGAAAAGCCUUGGAUUAAGCUCAGAAUUAGCUGAUUAUGAGGAAUUAACACUCAGCUGUUUUCGUUAAAGAUUGAUUGCUGGAAUCCAUUUUUUAGCAAAAGUGCCAAAAUGUGUGUAUUUCAACCAGGAGGACUUGUCAUGGUGUUUUGCAGGUUUCAUAAAAAUGUUAGGAUCAUUAAAAAAAUGUGAUGAAACUGCAGCUGAAGCAUUGACUGUUUAUAUUUUUGUGAUACCAGUUGAAUUAAACAGUUAAGUGACUGUCAAAGAUUGGUUUUAGUCGUGGAUAAAAAGGUGAACAUUACUUGUAAUGGGAAAUAUUGACCUUAGGAAAAACAAGCCUGUUAACUCCCUCAUGAUAGCUGUUCAUUGUUUCCUCUCCGUCAGAGUUUCCGAGGAAGGCUUCCUCUGUGCUUUUCUAUAAAAGAAGAAGCUGUUGUGUCAAACGGGACAAAGGCUAAUCCCUCAGUCAUCCUCAGAGAGGCUGUUAGGACUCAGUUUUUCACAAACCGCCCACCACAUCCCUCAGCCUGUACAUCACCUGUGAUAAGUGUGUGGAGCUCCACUUGAUCAAAUACUACAAGAAAUGGAGGAGAAGCCCGUAAUAAUGGAUCUCCUGGUUUCAUUUUGGUGACACAAGUGUAAAGGUUGUGUGUUCGGUGUGUAUCUGUGUGUAUUUGCAUGUAUCUGAGCUCACUUUGAAUAGUGACUUGUUGUGGUCGUUACAGUUUGCAUGGCCUGUUGCUUUCCAGUAAACUUAUGCAAAGGUUAGCAGCAGUAAUACAUAGAAAUUUCUCUGGGUUAUUUCUGUUGUUCUGUGUUUAUGACCCUGUUCCAGUCGAUCUGUUUACGAGCUGGAGAGAUGCCAGUUCCUCCUCUGAACCUCCCACAUACAGGAACACUUCAAUUAGCCUCCUUACUGUACAAAUUUACAUUUAUUAUUUUUAUCAACACUUAUCCCUUAUGACUCACAUUGAACUGAGCAUUGUUAGACUGAGUUAGUGGGCACAUAUAGAAGAGCAGCCCCCUGAGUCCAGAGGCAACCUUCUGUCCUGCAAUCCAUGCACUGGCAGCAGAGCUGGUGAGUCCACAGGUAUUCAGAUAUUUUCAAAAACGGACAUUUUUCACUACUGCUCUUCCUCCUCUCCACCCAAAGCAGCCUGGGUAAACACAGACAGAUUUAGAGCAAACUUAGUUGUUUAUAUAUCAUGUUUCAGUGUUGAAAUCAGCAGGAUAAAAGCUAAUUUGCUAACUAAUUGAGAUGAUGGUGAUUACAUUGUGAGGUGUUCAGGGUCAGGUUGGUGAAACAAGAAUUGUGCAAAAGUAAGUGUGUGUUCAAAAGUCAGGUCCAGAAAUAGAAAAAAAGGUUUUUAUAGUUUAGAAGGGAAACAAUAAUAGAAAACACUUCACAGUAUUAAAAGAACAAGUCUCGACAAUAGUAGUAAUCAGUAUCGAUAAAAAUGAACAAUCACCUUUCUUAGUCCAUCUAUCAAAGAGGAGGGCAGCAUGCCAGACCGAUAGGAGGAGGAUUAUGUGUGUGCAUUCUGUUGUAUCAAACACUGCCGAGGUACAUUAUGUGCAAAAGGAUAUAAAACCUAGCGUUACAAACUGGUAUCCUGCCUUCCUGUUGCAUAUGUAUAACUUAGAAACAGCUGUUAAGGUGAUGAAGUCAGGGUUCCCCAAAACCUUUGUUUUUGCUGCCCACCUGUAUCAAGACAAAGGGAGUUAAAACUGCACCUCAGGAGUGAUGGCACAAGUCAGCCAAGCUGUUUGAGCAUGCACCUCUUGAACUGAGGUUACAGUCCUUGUCGCAGACUCGCAGGAAUUGCUGGUUCACCUCCAGGUCAUAACCUUUUGCUGCAUGGCUCUCCUCCUUCUCUAUUGCCCAUUUUUACUGUAUCUCUGCAGCUGUCUCAUCAAUAAAGCUGAAAAAAUGCCGUCCUUAAAAUGCUAUCUCUGAGGCCAAACUGCAGAGAAAAACAAAAAUAAUUUAAAUAUUACAAAAAAAUACACAUAUGUAGGCAGGGACUAAGUUUUUUUUAUUCCUAUGGGGUAAUUUAGACCUUUUGCUUUGCAUCAGGGUCUUGCUCACCCAGUCAGGAACCUGAUUCUGCCUAAAAAAGAUAAACAAGUACUCGCCACUGACUCCAAGUACUCGCUCUUGAUUUGAUUGAUUUACUGAAAUGUGAAACGAUGUCAGAGGGCAAACGGCUCACAGUGGAUGGCUCUGUUUGAGGUUUUCUGUCCCAACUGCUCUCGAUUCAUGUGUAAUGAAAACAACAAAAGAAAGACGGCUAAUUGCUGCAAAUAAUCACGAAGAAGCCACAAAGUCCUGAGGGGAUGUUUGCUGUAGUAUUCAGAUGAUCAGAAGUGCUUUGACAAACAGGAAAAACAAACUUGAUUUGCAUUGACACUUGUUGCCACACAUGUGUAGUGUCAAUGAGGAGGGGCCUCUGUGUGACCGGUGCCAUGUGACCCUGUUGCCCCCUCAGCCCUCCACAGUGUUUUCACUGGAGCUCAGUGUGUGUCUGUCUGUGAGGAUGGCCGGGCCUUUGUGUGUCUGUGAGGGAGAGAAAUGCUGCGGGAGGGGAGAGAUUGUUGUGCUGAGAGGGGGUUGAUAGGGGCAAGGGCAUUACAAGGGCAGUGUUUGUGCAGGGCACGGGACUGUCCUCACUGACACACACUCACAAACACUACAGACAUGCACUUACGCACACACACUGCUAAAAAACAGAGGCUCAUUGUGGAUGCCCAGCCCAGUUGGGUCCACGCACUACAGUCACACAUUGUGUCACACUUUGCCUCUGGAGCUCUUUUUUUUCUGUAUCCACCCAAAUUACUGUUUCUACUGUCUCACUGCCUCAAAAAAUCAUAAUAACAUAAUACAAAAUUCAUAUCAACACCAGGAUUAUCAAAUACGACUAAGCAACACUUCAAAGUGUCACCUUUACUUCACCUGCACAAGCAGCUUUCACCGUUCCUCACAGUUCCUUACUUAAAGGUUGGGACUUCCUCUAUCUCUGAACCCCUCUUUUUAGAUCAUUGGUAGGCAUCCUCCUGUCCCCUCUUUGGUUUCCAUCUCAGACUGAGGUGUGAGAAGUUGAGUCAUGGAGAGAGAUCGACGUGUAACUCUGCUAAAAUUGACGUCUGUGUGUUGCCUGAGCGCUCCUGCUCCCCCUCCGUGUGUCUGUGGUGUGAAUCAGACUUGGUGGAACAUCACACUCAGACACACACAGUGGCACUCACUGGAGGCUAAUUAGAUUUACUCAUAAUCUGAAUUUAUCAUGCAGACAAUCCACAACAGCAAUUAUAUCUACAACUAUCAGCAGUGUCAUCAGAACUUCUUGAUGUUAAUUUCUUCAUUUUUCUCUCUUUCUUACAAUAUUUCACCGGCGCCACUUCCUCAGAUGGCCGUGCCAUUAGAGUGUGAGUGUGCACUACAAUUUGGAGCUAAUCAGCUGCCGCUGUCUGUACAUGAAGUGUGUGUGAUUGGGUUGAAUUGCACUGAGUGUGAAAAGCUUUUAGAAGUUUGAAGAGAAAGGCACUUAUAAGUGAAGUCCACUUACAAUCUCAGCUAAUUGAUUUUCUUUGUAAGUAUAGAGGAAUGUUGCCAUGGUUACUAAUGCAACUAUUUUAUUCCUAUCUCAAACCGCCAUUGCCCGUCUUUGGUUCCCUCUGUUUCUCUCUCACACAGUCCUUCAAGCUAAUUUAUGCUUAAAGUUACAUACAUGUCAUCUGAAGUUCUGCACGCCUUUGGCAGACCUGUGGAUGGAGACCAGAGCUGCAUAUUUUAGCUCAUUAAAACCUAAAACACUUAACCUGUGCUCUUGGCGCUGUACUAUACUUACUUUUGCAGUAUUCUUGCAUGCAUGUCCUUACACACUGCAGUGCACUGAUUUGCUGUUUGAGUGCUGUAUUUAAGAAAACAUCACAUGCAUUCUGCUUAGGGGAACAUUGUAGCAAAAGAGCUUGUCUCUAUCUCAGGUUGAGACCUGAGCCUUGAACAUGAGGAAAAACUGACAGAUGAGGAGCCCAUCACAGGACAAAGUGGAGCAUCAAUCUGUCCCGCAAUCCAUGCAACUGCAGCAUGGGUUGUAAGGUGCUGAUCCCCUCAGGAUCAGUCAAGACCACUUCACCUUGCACAGGGGUCCUGCUAAACUGGAUUUUUAAUUUGUAACUACUCAUUUGACAAACAUUUGCCUUCACUCAGCGCAAAACAUUUAGGUCUACCAGAACAAAGUGCAGCGCAAAACAAUUAGAACUGCAACACAGCAGCAUCCUGCCAACUGAUGAAACAGUCACUAAACCAACAGCAAAGUUUGUUUUUAAGUUAAUGAACUGUGCAGCUGAACGAGAGACAGCGCGUGGGAGUUUAUCCCGUUUUUUUUUUUUCAAUUUACAAGAACAGCCAGUCUAAACACAUUUGCUUCACAGCCAUUUAUUUAUCUGCAAAAUUACAAAUGUGCAAAAUACAAUGGCUGAAGACAAAAGGCGUUUAUGUGCUUCAGCGGGGACGUGGGCUGCUGGUGUAUGGUGGUUAGACACACUUGUCUCUGCAGCCCAGGAGAUGGUUUGUCUGUCAUUUUGGUCUGCAGAAACACUUUGGAGUACAAUAAAAUUUUCACUGUGACAAUAUGCAUGCAUGCAAUACUAGUUUUGACCAGGUUGCAACAGUGUGGUAUCAGUUUGAGUUGAAGAUAUAUAAAAACCUGUGCAUCAUAAUGAAUAAUUGAUUAUUCUCUAGUGGUUUACAAAAAGGCAGAAGUUCGAUGGUCAGACUCCCCCGAGUCCUUCCUGUGCCAUAAGUUUGUCUUUGAUAUUCAGUUUUGCGAGCCCUUAAGUUCAGCACUGAAUACUUUGAGUGGAAACUCUUGGGGGAUCGGUGUCCUGAGAUUAACUUAGACGAUUGACCUUGCAGUGAGAACGCACUUAGCUCCUCUGAAGGUUCUUUUCCCUGGGGAAAGAUCCCAACGUGGAAACAUGGCUCUGCAAUCCUUAAGAAAAAAAAAUCAUUAUCACUGAUGCAGCAGUGUCCCUGUAUGAACCCUUCAACACUGAGACAUAAUUUCAUCCUCUCUUUACUGCACACACUUUCCCUGCUUUCUGGUAGUUCAGCAUCUGCCGUUUUAUGAUCUUUGCACACUUGAUUGACUAGUCACAUGUUGUUUUGUGUUUGCAUGAGUUGUAAAGAGGGGUAAUUGCACAUUAAACCUUCACAUCACACUCUGGUCUAAGGAGAUUUAAAUCAAUGUUUUGAACACGUCUAAUAAUUAAAUCUGGUUGACAGCAGUAACAAGCUAAUCCUUUGCUAGGAAGUACCUUCAGAGUUUCAAAACCACAUAUUUAUUCGAUGAGCUGAAGUUAUUAUAAUAAAUACUAUAGAGAACAUGCAGUAUAAUGUAAAAGCUCCUCGUGAUGCAUGCAAAAAUAUGAUCAUAAUCUUGCAGAACAAUCAGGGGUAGUGUUCAGUUCAGUCCACAUCAGAGUUCACCUCAGAUCUCCAGGGAAAUCUGAUCUGCAGUUUCUAUGAAAACAGUUUAAAACAUACAAUGUAGAGUAUUGUUGUGGCGCACAACAAACAAUAAGUUUUAAGAGUAAGAAAAAAAGCAAAUAAAAAUGUCUGUAAAAGGAAUUUGGUCAUUCAGAAAGGGAGUCAGAAAUGUCAGCACUUUCAGUACAGUUGUCACUGAAAUGACAAAAACUGUGCAUCUUCCUGAACUAUCAGGCAGCCGCAGGUGGAGAGAGGAAAGCAGGAAGAGGAGCAGGAGGAUGCGGGUGUGUUUGUAUGUGUGAGUGUGUGUCUGUCUGAAAAGCCAAGGGACCGCACAUGCACAACAACAGAAAGGCUGUGUCCAAAAAGCCGAGGGGUGGAAGAAGCACAAGAGAGAGGUUGUAGCGAUCACAAGCGUGUAUGAGCGCUAAAGAGCGAAUGACUGCAGAGUUAAAAAGCGUGUUCAGACCCGAGGGCAUUACAGCUGCAUCUAUUUAUAGAAUCUAACAUCUAUACCAUGUGGAGUACAAAGACUUUUUCUCAAGAUUCAAGUGCAUUCAUGAAAGCUACUCUGAAUGUUCCAGCUUAGACUUAAAUACUUUAUUCACAGCUGCUGGACACGAACUCAUCAGAUAUAUAUGAUGUCUGUGUUGCUUACAGGGAGUGUUGUUAGAUGUACUAUGCAUUACUUAAAGAGCGGCCUGCAGUGUCCAUGAAAGGGAUCUGCUGCUCUUACACAUCCCUCAGCCUAUCCCGCUUUAGUAUCCUGAGCUGACCCGGUCCUCUUGAUGAUGAGGAUGAUGAUGAAGAUGCAGAAAUAGACAUAAAGGAGUGCACAUGAGGCCUCUUAAUGUCAUUUGUAAUCGAUGCAGCCUUACUUCAGACUUGCACUGUCAAAGUCUAUCAGGCCAAUUGAACCAUCAUGGUGUCAAAUAGAGAUACUUUGACUUGUUGGUGCGCAGUUAUCCUGAGAAAUGGAUGAUGAUUGUAUUUUCUUGUCUGUGAUGUAACAAAAGGUCUUUCACUGGAUACAUUAUUAGCAUCAGAGUGGAUCAAUGCUGAAAUAACAGAUGUGUGUAAUCACAGGUGGAUUCAAACCAUGUGUAGUUGUGAAGGUGGAAGUUCGCUCAGUGCAAAAUGCCUCUGCAAACAUCAUAACGUGCAACUGCCGCCCAUUUAUCAAGGUCUCUGUGCGUCAUGAAGACAGUAAUGUGACGUCAGUGAUGUGAAAUACCUCUGCUUCACCCCUGUCUGUCUCUCUUUCUCCCUCUCUCUUUCUCUCUCCCUCUGUAUCUCCAUCUAUCCCCUCUAUUCCCAAACCCAGCAGUGACAGAUAGCUGUCCAACAUAAGUCCGGGUCUGCUGAAGUUUUCUGCCUGUUGAAAGGAAGUUAAAAGCAAGUCUUCUCCACCAUAACUUGCUAAAUACUGCGAGUGCUUCAGUCAUCUUUCCUAUCUCUAGGUUGGUUCAUUGUUAUAUCAAACAAUGAGUUGGGUCUAGGUCUACCUGCUCUUUCAGAAAAGGUCUUGGGAUAAUGACUGUUGUGAUUAAGUGCUAUAUAAUUAAAAACUGAUAAAUUGAUUGAUCUGCUGAAUGAUAUGAUGCAGAUUAAUAGCAUUUUGAUAAAAUCAGCAUUAUAUCUUGAUCAGCCUUCAUAAAGCCAGUGUCCCCAUCAGUUUUUCUUCAUUGUAACAAAGCUUUCUUUCUUUCUUUCUUUCUUACUUUUUUCUUUCUGUCUUUCUUUUUUCUUUUUUCUUUCUUUCUUUCUUUCUUUCUUUCUUUCUUUCUUUCUUUCUUUCUUUCUUUCUUUCUUUCUUUCUUUCUUUCUUUCUUUCUUUUUGUCAUUCUUUCUUUACUUCUUUCUUUCCCCCUUCCUUCUUUCUUUCUUUCUUUCUUUCUUUCUUUCUUUAAUUCUUUUUGUCUUUCUUUCUUUACUUCUAUCUUUCCCCCUUCCUUCUUUCUUUCUUUCUUUCUUUCUUUCUUUCUUUACAUCUUUCUUUUUUCUUUACUUUUUUCUUUCUUUCUUUCUUUCUUUCUUCAAUUCUUUUUGUCUUUCUUUCUUUACGUCUUUCUUUCUUUCUCUCUUUCCUUGUUCCUAUCUUUCUUUCUUUCUUUACUUCUUUUUUCUUUCUUUACUUCUUUACUUGUUUCUUUUUCUUUCUUUACUUCUACCUUUACUUCUUUCUUUCUUUCUUUCUUUCUUUCUUUCUUUCCUUCUCCCUUUCCUUGUUAUUGCUUGUCUACACUUAUUCCUAAAGAUUAACUAAUAAGUUCACAGUAAGUCACAGUAGCUCUCGUGUGUUAAACUGAUCCUUUUAUGUAAGAGACGCUUGUUUCGUGUUUACGUUCGACUCUUUAUGAGCCAAAACAAACUGUACAAACGUAUUUGUGUUCGGGUUCAGUCAGAAACUUUAAAAUAACCCUCCAGGAACAAGACUAACAGCUCUGCGGCCUCUGAUUCAUCAUUCAUCAUCCUUUUUGUGAAUGACUGGAGGGAACGUUUGCUGGAGUUGUUGUUUGUUACUCAUUUCCUGUUUUGUGUCAUUGCUUCCUGUCUAAGAGGCGGGCAUGUGCCACUGUGUCACUGGAGGUGGUUAGCACGAUGGAGCGCUCCGGAUGUGGUGGGGUCACACACACUCACACACACGCUCACUCCCAUUCACACCAGCUCCCACUCGUUGGCUUCAUUCAUAUUCCCUGUCAGCUCAGAGACGGUCUGUUCCCUCUGACUGUAAGAAUGGUUUUAUUCAGCGAAUACACACGACACAUCUUUACAUCUCCUGCAGGAAUCAGCACCAAAGUGAGGAUUUGAUGUUUGACCCCUGCAGAACAAGCCAAAUCAUGCAAAGGUGUUGAACAUCAAAAGGCGGAGAACUAUGACUAAGCAUGCGCACACACACACACACACACACACACACACGCACACACAUUAAGUCACUGACUGAGCCUUAAAGUGGGUCAGAGGUUAAAGGACUGCUACACCCAUGUUUGUGUUUACUGUCUGCAUCCACUCCUUAAUGUGUGUAGAACACACUUACACACACCCUCUGAACUCUUAUCCCCUCACCAAACAAACACACACUGUUCUGUUACACACACACACUGUUCUGUUACACACACACACACUCACACACACACACACACACACACACACACACACACACACACAAAGAUAAGCGCUAACAUCCAGCUUGAUUUACGCACAGUUAGCACAUUGUGUGCAAAGCUACAACCAUACUCCUUUCAUGUCUGCUUCUUUGACGCAUUACCUGAGGUGAUUUAUGUUCUCAUUGAGGGAGAUAAAAAGGUCUCUCCUCAAUGAAUGGACCAUGUGCUCUUUCUAGGGGAGAUUUCUGAGUGGGAUAACCAACCCACUUUAUCAUGGGGAGGAAAAAAAAAAAAAAAAAAAAAAAAACGUGUGGUUUGUGGCUGAAAGUGAAACAAGAACACACUGGCACUGACGCCAGAUAAAGCAAUUAAAGGCUUGAUUUAGUGUCAGUUUGAUCCUGUUUGUUUACAGUUGAUUUCCCAGCACAAAGCAGCCGUUUCGAAACUUUAUGAUGUUUAAUAUGUUUGAAGUCACUCUUUAGUGUCUCUUCUUUAGCUCUGGUAUGGGGGACUAAUUUGUCAGUUAUGAUCCCAUGAAGGCUGCUAUCAUGUAUCCUCACAUGUCUUUGCUCUGGUUUUCAGACUCUCCCUUAAAUCCUCUCCUAUGAGCAGAGCAGAAUUAACCUUUGGGCACAACAGACACUGAAAUAUUCAGGCUUGAUUAUGGUCAAAAACAUGUGUAAGAGCUCUGGGGUUCAGGGCAAGUAUGCAUCACAUCUUGGUGUGAGAUCACAGAUUUCCCAGAAAGAAAAAUAGGAAAACAAAACACUCUACUUUGUUUAACUGAAUGGCGAAUAUCAGAUUUGAUCUUCUUUUUAAGAGGCUUUUUUCAAUGGAUUCAUAAAGUAGACAUCCUUAAAAUGAGAAAAAUACAUUACAUACAUUAUUUUAAAAACACUGAAAUCACCAAAUCCAGACUUACUUUCCUCUCAACCACUUAAUCUAUGAAGAGCAGCUUUAUUAAAUACUAAUCCAUGAGUCCAGACCUAUGAUCAGAAGACCUGGAUCAAGUAAAACCAGCCUCUUUUUAUUUUGGUUAAAUUGCACUUACUACCUUUUAACCCCCCCCCCCCCCCCCCGGGCUCAGUGACACACACUCGCUGCGUUCUGUGGAAACACUGACUCAGGCGGCCUCAGUAUUGAGUGUCUCAAAGUCAUUUACAGUGUUUGCACUGAGUUUUUAGAUCCUUUUUGUGAACAUUAUUUUUAGAGCAGUGUGGACGAAAAUGUGUCACAGGACCCUGAAUCACCAGGCAUGACCUUUUUACAAACACACACUUAAACACACGUUCAUGUUAGCCCUUCUUUCUGCCACACUUGCAGACGCGUGGACACACACACUAUUGUGGAGCCCCUCACAGGCUUCUUACUGUCGCACAGAGGGAGCUUUGGAAAGAGAGUGCUGAGUAACACCAGUGUUUAAAUAACUCAAAAUCACAUCUGGCAUGAAAGUCUUCACAACAUGUCACUGUCACCGGUCCGGAGGGGCUGCCUUGACAACACGCAGCCGUCAGCUUUGCCUCUGUUAUUAAAGUAGGUUUUACAACUGUACAGAAUGCUGAAGUGACUUCUUCCUUUUUCUUGUUCACCUGUGAAAAAGUUUCCUAAAACCCAAACCACUUUGUAUCUCACUUCUGUCUCGUUUUGAUCUCCAUGCUUCCUUUUAAAUUUACGGACACGCCCCCCUCCAGAUGGUCAACGAGACAUAAAGAAUCAAAGAUGAGGACAGAUGAGGGUUCAUUUUCCUCACAAAGCGGCUGUAUUUUUGUGAAAGGACACAUAUAAAAAAAAUAAUGAAUCCCUGUUUAGAGAAAGUUUAGCUAGCCAAUACCAAACUGGUUUGAUUUACCACAGAUGCAUCAGUAUUAGGGAUGCAAAUUCAAAGUGCUGCCAGUAAUUGAUCUUUAGAAAUGUUUACAAUCAAUUAUUAAUCAUCAAGAUUUCCUAGCUGUUGAAUGUCUGUCGUAAAAAUGGGUAUGUUGAAAGGGACCCUAUGGGGAUCUUUUGGCUUCUGCAGCCAGCCUCUAGUGGACAUGCAAGGAACUGCACUUCUUUUGCUCCUUUGUAUUGGUGCAUAAAAGCAAAGAAACACUUUUAAACACUUUGGACAAGCUUGUAGAUGUGAAUAACAUAGAUUAAAAUGAAUAUUUAUAUUUUAAUUAAUAUAAAUAGUGGUGUGAUGCUGAGUUCAAAAGUGAUGGGAUAAGAAGCAAAAGUAGAGGAUUUUAUGAUUGACUAUCUCUUAAAUGAAUAAAAAAUAAUCAGUAUUGGUCUCAAAUCAGUCCCAGUUUAAACAUUUGAUCACAGUCUGUUUAGUAACUGCUAUAAAAAUAACAAAUCUGCCUUUGUUUGCACUGAGAACCUGCAGAGCAAACGUGAGCUGGAUAUUAUUUCUGCACCUCCAAACAAACAGUCAUCAGAGUGAUCCUGCCACGCUGUGGACUGAAAGAGUCCUGAUGAAACAGCAUUUAUGUCUGAUGCUGUAGCUGUCUGCAUGUUUCCUUCAGGCUCUGCGGUUUGUUGUCACUCGAAACUCUUUCUCCUUCACCCUGAUCUCACUAACCCACUUGUUCUCUUCUAAACCAGGCACUGAAACUUGACCUCUCAGCAGACCUCUGGCUGUCUGCCACUAUAUCCUCGAUAACCCUGCUCACCUGUGUAUACAGUGUGUGUGUGUGUGUGUGCGUGUGUGUGUGUUUGGGAAUACAAGGCCCUGUGUGUCUGCAUCACAGACGAAUGAAUCACUAAUUAAGCUGUCUGUUGGAAAAACCUCAUUCUGGAGCCCAUAUUUCACCAAACAACCAAGUAUAGUAUCUUCACAGACGUUAAUGCACAUGCACUUGAUCAUGCUUGAGCACCCAUUGUUGUCAGCUCAUCUCACAGACAUGCCCCGUGUCAUGUUACUUUUGAUGUGUAACUCUGCACCUUUGUGACACUGAGAGCUCUCCAUUGUCUGCUCAUUUGAAUGCUUUUUUUUCAGUGUGAAAUUUUACUGCUGUCUGAAAGUGAGCAAAGUUUUAUGCAAACAUGCAAUGCAUACUCAGUAAUUAUUUUCAUAGGAAGGAGGCUUGGUUAUUCACGCCAUGCUUGAACACAGCCUGGGUGCAGUUGGGUCAGGGGUCAGGAACCCUUUCUUUGAAAUAAUCCACUAACCCCCCCCCCCCAAAAAAAAAAAAAUGUCUGGAUCUGUAAACUGUAAACUCAACUUAACACGUACGGUCAUAGAUAUAAGUCCAAAACUACUUCCUUGUAAAUAUUAGCCAAGAUUCAGCUGCAAUAACUACAGAACUGGUUGAAAGCUGCAUUAGCAAAGUCUGACUGUGCCUAAUGUGCAUUACAAUUAGUCUUAUUUUGAAAUAUGUCCCUACAUCCUCCUGGAUUUUAACUCUAAUUAGCCACUUCAUUGUGCUCAUUCAACUUUAGGUGGUAAAAAGACGGUGACCUUAAGAUAUAACUGUAAAACAUCAUGAUAUAUCAGCAUUUUAAAUCCCACCCUGACCUUGACGUCAAAGGGAAAUUGCUGCCAUGUGAAUGUGGUCAAAUGGCCUUUAAGGGAUGUUCAAACAGCAGGGCACAGUUCGAGCAGCUCACGAACACCACACACAGGCACAAACACACACCAAGUUGUUUCCAUUUGCGUGGCUGAUAAUGUUAAGUGGCGGAGACUGCGGCUCCUAACUCAGAGCAGAUCCUGCGCCAUCCUGAAGCACGUGGCGUAACCACGGCUCAUCUGCUAGUAGCUGGAGCACUUAACUUGGAGGGGAAAGACCAUUAGAGGCAAUCAGCGCUGUCAUUUUAAAUGGGCGGAUUGAGAUGAAAUCGAGAUGGACCUGUGGCCUCGAGGAGGAGUUAAUGCACCGGGCCUUUGAGGACAAGGUGAUGAGAAAAAAGGCAGGUGGAAGUGAUGUACAGCUGUGGUUGAGCCCAAAUGGAAACCAGGCUGUGGACUGCUUUUACAACGGCAUCAAGAAUCCACUUAAGAACGAAGUUUUCCCACAAAUAUUUACAACCAUAUUUGUUUUUUGUUUUGAAUAAAUUGCAUGCAGCUCAGGCCUGAACAACAAAGUCUGCAAAUGUUUAACAAGAAAAAAAAGAAAUUAUGGGGUAAAUAUGCAGCUGCUGCAAUGUGCAUAAUGGCCAUACAGAUGUUCUGUGUUUAAUGUGCGGUUCAAUAUGCACUGUGAUUUUUUUGGCCAUGAUUUCUGUUUCAGUUUGAUUGUGCUCAUCUGUGAGAAAGUUGAUCCAAAUUUUAGUCACGUUAAUGUUGUGCAUGUUGCUCUACCUGCUCUCUCCCCUCCUCUUAUGUUUCGUCUUCUGCAGGUGACUUCUGUGACUGAAACUUAAAACUUUGUCAAACCCCUUGAAAUACAUUGCAUGGUAUUGCAUAAUAUAUUGGUAUUUGAAUGUGAAAUGUUAAACUACUCAAAAUAAAAGCCAAUAUUAGCUGUUGUUAUCAUCACAUAAACUGCAUUGUUUGGCACUGUAGCAAAUACAGAUAAAGAAUACACAAAGUAACAGGCUUCCACUUCCAAUAAAUCCACGUGCCCACAGUUAUAACAAACACCAUGAAGCAUUGAGAAAACAAAAGAAACAAACUAGCAGGUAACACCACCGAUAGAAGUGCUCUUCAGUCUCUGUGAAGCUUAGAGAGCUAGCAUGCCCUACUUCCUGUUCUUUUCUCAUUUCUAAAUCAAUGCAUGUUUUUCAAAAUAAGGCCAAAGUAUACGUUUUUACUGCAAAUGAAUAUUGGUUCUAAAUAUCGGUCAUCAUGUUUCCUCGAUUACUAAUAAUUGGUAUCAAUAUCUGCUCUGAAAAAUACAUAUUAGUUGAUCCUUAGUAUGAAUGCACUCCUCUUAAAAUCUCAACUGGUCAAAUUUUUGCAUGCAUGGUGUGAAUGUAAGUGUUGGAUUACUUGUUCGUUUUCCCAGGUGAUCUUUUGCACUCUGUUCAUCAUGCAUGAUAGAGAUGUUCUGGGGUGAUCAAUCUACUUAUCAGCUGGACUAAACUCACUGAAAACUGUCAUAACUGACCGUUUAUGUAAACAAGUCUGCAUAUAAACAGUGUCAUAUGGGUUGCUGGGUUGUUAUGCAUUGAUCUUGUUGAGCGUUUCUAUGCCAGUCAACCAGCCUGUAAACACAUUUAUCAUCAUUUUUUUAUAGAUCACGACACAAGAUAACAUCUGACAUCUGUGUUUGUUUACUUAGUGAAGCGUUUUAACAAUAGAUGUAGCAGAAAGCACUACAGUUUAGACACAAACUUAGACACUUGAGGUUUACAGUGGUAAAAAUAUCAAUAAUUGGUUUAAGUGACUGCUAAUUCUCGUGUUGACUAGCUCAGGUAAUGAUGUAUAAUAAAGUAGACUAAAGGGACACACCUCUAAUGACAGUGAUGAUGAAGUACAGGUGCUUUUUCCCUGCAGCUCUCAUGCUCUGAGUUCUGAGAUGAGAGUCUCCUGCGUGUCUCACUGGUAGACAGAAAUAGUCUUCCUCAGCAGGUGGUUUUGCAGAGAGGAACAGUGGCAGUGUAACCCCCUCCUGCUCGAUAAUUACCUCAGCGGCAGCCACUCUGUGUGUCUGUGUGUGUGUGUGCAUGUGUGUGUUUUGGGACAGCUUUCACAGUGCAAACGUAUUUAUGUGCAAUUUUCUGCCGGCGUGAUCCAUCUUAGUGUAAGUGUUUUCUUUGUGUGAGUGCGAGUGCGUGUUCGCUGUGCCGGGGAACCAGCAUGUCAGAUGAGGAGGGGGGCAGGCUGACCUUUUGUUCUGUUUGCUUUGUGGGCAUUCCUCUGAGCACUGGCCCUCACCCAAGUCAAAUCCCGCUGCCUCCCUCUGGACUCAGCACAGCGCUGCCCACUCAGACCGGCAGUGACACAGAAUCACAUUCCCCCCAUCACUGUAAUGUAAAGAUUAACCGAAAAGAUGCUGAUGACAUGGUUUAUUCAGCACCUCUGGCUCUUUCCUGGUCAGUCUUUCAUGAAUACAGUUAUUUGCACAGUUACAGUCUGGCUAGUUAGAAACCUUACCCUCAAAAAACAUCCAUGAUUUGCCUUUUUAGGUUUUGUAAGAUUAUUUUGCCUGUGUGUCAGAGUUAACACUUUAAGUGCUCACAUGUCCCAGUGCCUUAAACAGGGCUAGAAUAACUCAGGAUAACUAAGUCAGCUUCGAGGAAUGACUUAAUGACAUAUCCGUGCACCACUGUGAGCUGCAGGUUUCUUGGAAAGUGUUUCAGUGAUCAUAACAUGUAAUAGCAUGCUGAUGAAGAAAAGAUAUCUCUCCAGAAAUGGGAACAGUACUCUGUUUGAUACUCCUUAUGUCUCCUUAUGUCUAAAUCCUCUCUUUGAUUUUUGGUCUGUCUUCCUCCAGGUCCUUAUGGUUGAGGUGGUGUGUGUUGCCCCUUGCCAUGCCUCCUGCCAUGACAGACCUCCUGGACAUAUGGGCGGCCCACUCGCCCCUGGCCGGCCACGCUCUGGACCAGAUCACUGUGGACUUUCUGCUGCCCACCGGUAUCUACAUCCAGAUGGAUGUUCCACGAGAGGCCACCAUUCAGCACAUCAAACUGGUGAGUGGCUCAGUGAAUGUUUGGCUCUGCAGGUUUGGAGGUUUGGACUUGAUAGUUAAGAAACCUUAUCCUAAUACAGAGCAGGAAGCUGCUGGUGCAGAUUGUGUUUGUCCAGUUUGUCUGGAACUGUGGGAAACACUUCAUCUAAUAUUUCUGCUCAGGUUUGCUGCUGUUUACCCAUUGUCUUUACACGACUAUUGUCCUAAUGAGGAGGAAGAACACAGUCUACACACUAAUACAGUCAAGUUCACACACUCAUACUCACAAAUACACACACAGUCACACAGUCACACAGCUGGUCAGUCAGACAUUAUCUAAUGCCUGUUUUUACAGACUUGGCUGUUUCAGCAGGCGGGUGUUUUUUUGUUUGCGAGUAGCUCGUCAUCGCACAAAUACACCCAUGAUGACAUCAUGCAGGACUGCAGCUGGUUCUGCAGAGCAGAGGUCAGAGGUCACGGAUUGAUAACUCUUUCCAAGAUAGGUGAUAAAAGGCUAAGACGAAUUACUGAGCUACGGCGUUUAAUCAAAGUUGUUUUUUUUUUUUUUUUUUUGUAAUACCUGAAACAAAUUUAUACCCACAAGCUUGUUUACAACCAGAGAGACCUGAGGUCUGUACUACAAAGCUGGAUUUGAUCUAAGCGAUAACUUCUGGAAUAACUCAGGAGCUAUCUGUUAUUGUUUAUGUAUUGUUGUAUUGUGUAUUUGUAUGUAUUCUUUGUUUAUUUGUUUGUGUUUAUUUUAUGUAUUAUUAUUAUUAUUAUUAUUAUUAUUAUUAUUAUUAUUAUUAUUAUUAUUUUAUUUUAUUUAUUUAUUUUUUUUUUUACACGGGGCGUAUUAUACAUAUCAGAUAUUUGCAUUGGUUUAUUGUGAGUUGGUUUAAGGACCCCAGGAAGAAUAGCUGAGGCUCGGCCAAAGCCACUGGGGAUCCCAAAUAAAUCAAAUCAAAUCAAACUCUUGGGUUUUCCGUACUACGAAGGUGGAUUUCUUUCUAUCCGGGUCCGUUGCCCCGGUUACUUAUGCGGAAUGCCAAACAUGCUCCAAAGCAGGUUAUGUUUCAGGAUAAUAUCCCAGCAGGUAUAAAAGACCACCCACUGACCAAUCAGAUCUCUUGUAGAAUAGUUUGCCCACUUUUGCCGAAUUCCGUAGGCAUUGGUGUACGGAUGGUGAGAGGAGCACUUCGCAGAGAGCGUUAUAUUCGUGAUCGUUCAAAUCCGUUUGAUUUACCUGAUGACGUUCUCUAUGAACAUUACAGGUUUUCCUUGGACGGCCUCAAUAUUCAGGUAGCAUGAAGUCUAAGCAAUGCACUAACAUUUGCCAAGUUCCAAGUUCCAGAUUCAUGCGGCAUACCAGUCAUCAUUCAGAAUUUAUUGAAGCAGAUUAAAAAAAUCCUCUUAACCCCAAAUGGGUCUGCAGGUGAUCACACACACUGCAUGACAACAUAUCAGGGGACCAUAAAUUCAUGAGGGCACAAAUGUAAUUUACACAAUCUGCGAUUUUUUGCCAGCAGUCCCUCUGGCUUCUAGCGGCGGCAGUUUUGCUUCUCGCCACUGUAAUGUCGCGCUAUCCUCGUAUUGGCGUAAUAUAUCGUUCUGUUCCUCGGCUGUGAAAUAUGUUGCGCAGCCUUCUCUAUUGUGGAGAUUGGUCCGGUGGCACUGACCCGCCCCCUUUACAUGUGUGUGCACAGAUCUAGACUGGCCACAAUUGGAUUUGGUUAUAGAGUUGAUAUCCUGCCUUGCAGUCCAGCUGAUCGGGAUUACGGAGAUCUGGUGAAGUUAAGCGAGUUGUGGCAGAGUUAUCCUGGGUGUGUUAAUCCAGCUUUGUAUUACAGGUCUCUGCUGCUGGACGAUAUGAUGCACUUAAAACCAGAUCUAGAAAUAACGUGCAGAGAUCAAAUCAGCUGAAACUCAGUUUUUAUGUAGCUGAUGGCUGUCUGCAGCUCCAUCUGACUGCAACAAAACAAAGUAAAAGCACAGAUAUUAUUGUCCUCAUAAACGGGUCAUUCAUCAUACAUCUGCACUGGAUGUGUAUCCCUAAUUGGGAUCUAUUGCACAGCCCUAGUUUUUGCUUUUGUGGCAACCUGGUGAUGUUCACUUGCGGUUUUGACGAACAAAGCAGACAGGUCCUUCACUGACACAGUCUGAAAUAUGUUUUCUGCACACAUUGACUGUUAAUAAAGCCAGAGGGAGGAACGUGCUCUAAAUACCAAAUGAAGAAGUCGGCCUCUGUUUACUGAACUUCUGCCUGACGUUUCCUAGAGACACGUCAUCAACCAAAGACUCAAUCUGACUUUAAUUUGACAUUCAGAAAUAUCUGCUGCAGGGAGAUGUAGUCUGUUAGUAUUGAUGACAAAGUUUUAUGUUCUGACUAUUUGGCAGAACUUGUGCAGAAUAUGAGUGCAUCUAUAAAAGAGGCACACAAACCAGAACUCUAAGGGAAUCAGGCACAGAGGCAGUGGAAAACUCUAAAAGCAAGAGACAAGAAGAGAAAGAGUCCUCUGAGAGUUUUUUGUUAAACAAAGAGCCAAGAGGGAUAUUAAUGAAGCUGAAGGUUGAGAUAUUCCUUUGACCUUUAAAGACUUCCAGAAGCUUCACGUGCAACUCUCUUAAAGUUAUUAAUAAACCAUGAAGAGCACAUUUACAACAGACUGCAUUUCAUACAAACCAAACCAGAUAAGAGUUCCCAGAAAGCACAAGUUUCCAGAUGAAGCUGAAGAUAUUAUUUCAAAAACUGUCAUUUCUGUCUGAUGGCACGUGUCACUGGUCGCUGAACAAACCAGUGGCCCCACGAUACAAUAUUAUUGCAAUUUUGAACCUUUUUACAAUUUAGUGAGAAUUUCGGUACAAUAUAUUGUGAUUGAUACAAUUUUUUUCAACUGUUCAGCUAAUUUAUCGUUUGACUCUCCUUUAUGUUUGUUUUAUAUCUGCUGUAUUUUAUUUUUAUCUAGCACAUCUUACAAACCAUACAUAUAUAUAUUUGUUGUACUAACUUUCUACUGCUCUAUAAUGUCACCUCUGCCAACCUCACUGGACAAACUGUUGAUUUUAUUUUUCCAUUAUCAUAGAUUUGGCUUCAUAUCAGUUUGAAAAAUAUUAAUUAAUUUAAAAAAUCGAUACUAUGCUGUAUCAAUUUUUUCCCCUACCCCUAAUAAUUACGUACCUGAACAGCCUGUUGUUCUGCAUGUUGUGUGGGUUAGAGUCUUUUAAAAUCUGCUAAAUCACAUGGCAGAGUUGACUGCAUAAAACAGUAGCACAGCUAGCGUCCUGUUUCUGCUGAUGCUUUUUAAUGGGAGGGGCAGAACUUUUCCCCUCUCACAUGUGGUUAUUAUGAUUUCUUGUAAAGACAGCUGACUCUUAUACUGGAAUGCACCAAAGUCACGAUGUGACAAAUGAUCAAAAUGUGGCUUUAAGAAGCAAGUUUGCUGAGAGUAUUUCCACAAAAUGAAAACACAAAAACCUCAGACAUGCAGUUCCUUUUCUGUGGAGAGACGUGAUAAAUGUUAUAUAAAUUCUGAGUGUUUUUCCGGAGCAUAUUUGUAAGGAGGGAGUGUGUGUGUGCCGUUGACAGUGUGUCACAGCAGAGCUCUCUGACCUCAUGCCACUGGGUCGUGAGGACGUGGAUUGUGCCGGGUGAACAUAUUAUUCACAUCCUGAUGGGCACACCAAAAAGAUGCGUCAUGCUGUCUUGAGUCAUGUUUGUUCGUGAUCAUCAAACUGGAGCUUUUGUAAAUAUGUUACAUAAAUAAGGGUAUUCAUGUAAGUUUUAAGGACAUUACUAGAUUUUUUAUUUCUUGUUCAACUCCACAAAAAGCACAGUGAUGCCCCCUUUUCAAAGCUCUCUCCAAAACAAUCCAAUUCUCCUCUUCUCAGAAACAAAGAGUCUGUGCAACCUGCUUGUAUGCAGUGAAAGUCAGAUUUAUUUUGUUGGGUCUGUUGGAGAUGUAGAAACUCUCCCUGUGGUUUUUCUAGUGCAAAAGCUCUUGAGUGAAACUCUUAUUCCUCCUCUCUUGUCCAGCUCUUAUGGAAGCAGGCUCAGUCUUUCCCUCUGUUUCCUGCUCUGGGAGAGAUGGAGAGCCACAUGUUCGAGUGCGUCAACCAGGCAGCCGUGCACGAAGAACUGGAGGACGAAACUCGCCGGCUGUGCGAUGUUCGCCCUUUCCUGCCGGUCCUCAAGCUGGUGACGCGCAGCUGUGGUCGAGCAGAGCGUCUGCUGGACUCUAAGAUCGGCGUGCUCAUCGGCAAGGGUAAGCAACAUCACUGUUGUUGUUUUUCCGUGAUAGGAAGAAGCAGGUUAUGAUGCACACUUUCACCUGCAUUACUCCCACCCUGACUGAUUCAUUCACUAUCCUUGUUUGACACUCUCUCUAAAGAAAAGCACUUAUAAGUUGGUAAGUGGGACAGUAAAUCUUUGCCCCGCACACAUCAAGCUUUCAGCACAUCCUCCUGUACAAUAAGCAGCUCCCUUACUCAGCACUUUCACCCCGGCUAUAAGACACAACGCCCAUGUGCAGUUGGCUCCCUUCAGAGGCCCGGUUGUCUGGCAGGGAAACAUGAGGAUCGACUGGAUGUGCUCCCGAAAUGUCUGCUAUCAACCUGUCAGUUAAUAUUUUCUCUUGUUAAGAUUAAGUCUCAGAGCAGGUCAAUCUAGGGUUUACUUUUAUUUUUUAUUUAUUUUUAUUUAUUUUUUUGUUUUUGCAAAAGGAGAAAAACUUGAAAUUCUCAGGAUGUCAGCUGCUCAACAGGUUAGAGUCCCCUCUGUCGUGCUGUUUGUGUCAGGGUUGAAGGAGAAUUGAAGUAGACUGAGACCACAUUGAUAUCCUCUUUGCUCCACUUUGGUCUGACGUGGUCUCUGUCAGACUGAAGUGGUGUUUUCAAGAGGAACCCCCACAGGCCUGUCACACAGACACAAACACACCUGACUCUGUGCAGCCAGUUCACAGCUCACAACACCAACCGCGUUUUCAUUCCCUUCCAUAAUGCGGUUAACGCGCUUUUGAGCUCCUCAUUGAAAGUCGAGGGCCAUUUGAGUGUUAAUCUUUAAAUGUCAACAUGUUGUUUUCAUAGUGUGCAGAAAGAAACCCUGUGAUAGAAACCGAAACAAAAGCUCAACAGGGAGCAGAGGGUGAAGUCUGAUUAGCCGGACAGGCGUUCGUCGCUCUGGCAUUUAAUAGCGGAGUGUGUGAAUAUUUUUCAGGCUGCUGUUUUCACUCAGUGCCAGAAGAUUCUCCACGACUCAGUCAGACUAAAAUGCCUCUCCUCUAAAGAUCAUGCAUAUGUCAGGUCAAAGCAGUAUUUGACCCCCACACCCUUGUUUUCCCACAAUCAGGUCUCCAUGAACUGGACGCCAUGAACGACCAGGAGGUGAAGGAUUUUCGCAGCAAGAUGUUUCGUCUGAGUGAAGAGAGGAUGCAGCGUGUCCAGAUGAUGACGUGUAUGGAGUGGCUGCAGGCCUGUUUCUCCCCGCAGCUGGAGCCGAGCGCAGGAACGCCCAUCACUGACGGGCUCAACGACCGACAGGCCGACCUGAAAGUCAUAAUCCACUUUGACCAGUCCCAGGUGAGAGUCUGGAGUCCAUACUGUGGACUCUGCAGGAGUGAGUGAGCAACGUGGUCUGUAUCCAUCAUGAAAAUCAUCAAAAUCAGUCAAAGGAGAAAUGAUCAGAUCUCCUUUAUGUGUCACAGAAGUGAAUCAGAGCCUGAAUUAUGAGUUAGGUCAUAAGAUUUCUUUCUGUUCUUGGAAAUGCACAAAACAAAACCUGGAACUAGAAACUUCCAGUCUUACUUUACAGAACUGCUUCAUCACACUGUAAAUGACCUCAAUGACAUUUUCACCUCAUACGUUAACAUCUCACAAUAAUGAUAAUAUUCUGACAUUGAUGGAAAACCUGGAAUAUAUAACAACACAGCCUGUCAAAAUGAGGAGAGGCUGGACAAAGAUGGAGCACACCUCUGCUUCUAUGUUGAUAUUUUUACGCCUUUUGUUCAGGUCGCUUUAUUUCCUGCGUUGUAAAAGUUUGCUUUGUUGUGAAGUGAACCAUCUCCGUUGGAUUUUAGUCACAAAGCUGAAUAAGAACAGAUGACAAAGUAUAAAUGUUCAGUCAGAUAGGAACUUUAUUUUGAGCUGUGGAUGGUUAUAAAAAUUAAACAGAGAAGUACUGCUCUUCAUAACAUCUGCUAUAAUUUAAAGGGUCUCACAGCUCAGUAACCUGUCAGCCUUACAGUAAAUUAAACCAACAGAACAAACCUCUCCAGAUUAAUUGAUACUGCUGUAAUAAUUAUGUCUUCAAACAUUACAGGGCGCUGUUAUGUUUUACGACUUUAAGAUGGACGCGAUUAGAUGAGGCCAGGAGAUAUUAGCAGAUACUAAGAAUGAUGGCUCAUUUGUGCUCUUUGUCCUCAUUUCUGUAAUUGAACUGAGGAACCAGGACAGACCCAUUAGCCAGACCCAUAAAGCCUGUACCGUAAAAAUGUAACCUACUGCAUGUAAGACCACUUUGUUUAAGUGGCUCCAUGAAUCCACCAGAAAAGCCCAGCUUCACUCUCCGCUCACUGUCGGCAGCUCCACAAAUAGCCACGUGACUGAGGCCAAAAAGGAAGUCAUGUGACGACACUAAGUGGGUCAAAAUCAUCAGAGAAAUUAUGCCAUCCUCCCAGACGCAGACUUCCACUAGCAUGGCAGCUCAGGGGACCGAGGAGGCGCUGAUUAAAACGAUUCCUCUCCUCUUCUGAACUCUGCGGCUGUCUCCUUCCAUCUCUCUCUCUGUCUUUGUCUUUGCUCCUGUCAGAGAUUUGAUGUUAUUCAAUAAUAAAGCAGAUGGCCAGGUCAGUCCAGACCUCUGUAUAUCAGUUUUGAUCAACAUCACAGACACACACAUUUACAGAGAGACAAGCCAUCUGUGCUGCUGCUGCUGCUCAGGUGCACAUAGGCAGGAAGUCUUCGACACAAUAAGCCACAUUAUUGACAGGAAGUGUGGUGGUGUGGUUUAGAGCUCGAAGCAGUAAAUGACCAUCAGAGCUCAGACAAUGUGUUGGCUGAUAUGGAUGUGCUGUACCUAAAUGUAAACUGUCAAAUGAAAAUAAAAUCACUUUUCUGAGGUACAACCCAAAGUCCUGGAGAGUUUGCCGCUGUGUUCAGUGUUGAUAAAAACAGAUUUGAAUCUUGUUUGAUCAUGUAAAAUCGCUUUGUUUAAAUGAAGACGCAGCAAAGAGGACAAAUCAGGUCAAAUAUGGUUCAUAGAAGAUCUCAGCUGCCCAACAGUUCAGGAUUUCCUUUGUUUCUUUGUGUGCUUCAAGUCACUAAAUGCUGUGAAUGAAUGUCAUGUCAGAGCUGCAGGCAGCACCAGGACUCUUCUACUACAGAGCCAUGCUGUUGUAAUAAUUGAAAAAUGAGAUUUAGCAUCUACUAGCUGAAAAAGUCUUUGUCUGGAUGGCAGCAUAUGAUGCUUCAAAACCUCAAUUAGCAUUAAUGGAGCAAACCCCCAUACCAUCAGGGAUAAUAAGCCUGGUGAUCCCUCUUCCCUUAAGAGCACAGGAUGUGGCAGACUUUUUUAGACCACAGGAAAGUGUUUGUCUUCACCUCAGUCCUUAAAUAUUAACCGGGCCCAAGCUCAGAGAGGUGGGUGGCUUUUCUUGAGGCUUCAUCUUUAUAGAGCUCAGUUUUAACCUACAGUACAUUUGAGGAUGUAGUGAUGAUGUUUUCUGGAGGGGGUUUGAGCAAUGCAGUGAUUUCCACUCCAGACUCAUGUCUGUUUUUAAAUUAGAUAAAAAGUUCACAUUAUUUCCAUCAUUAAUUGACUUUGACCCUUUUUAUGCAGACUUUUCCAGAUUCUAUGAAUCUAUGAAUGUUUGUAUGUAAACCAGAUGAUGAAAUCCUCACUCAAACACUCAGGAGCAUUAUUCUGGGAUUUCUGGACUUUUUCUUCACUCAGCCUCCGACUGUCACUGUUGGGGGAACAGUUGGGAGAUGUUUCUUUAAGGCUUUUUGUCUUACUCUCCUCUUUAUUAUCCUCUAUUGUUGAUGUUUUUAAGCUCUUUCUGCUCUUCCAUGAGUGAUAGAAAAGUGGCAGUGAAAAAGUGCUGUAGUUUACCAAAAGUUUAACUGUUUUCAACUGAGAUGAAUUUCAGCUCAGUGACAAAAUAACAACAACUCAAGUUCAUGGGCAGUUUAAAGGGCAUGUGUCCCUACAAUAUUAAUGAACCUCCUCCAUUUCCCUGCAAUCCUGGUUUCAUCAUGUCCAAUUUAGACAAAAAUAACCCCAGAAUCUGACCUUUUAUCCUCACUCCAGGUGUUACCUUUUUAAUUUUAAUCACCAGUUUACCCCACUUUUUAUUUUCUCCUGCAGGACUCGGCCAGUGUGAUGGUGCCAUCCUCCAGCACCCCCACCGAGCUGAUGGAGCAGGCAGUCAGGAAGUGGCUGACCACCCAUGGGCCUGAGGAGGAGGCAUGGCGGGGUCAGUACGUACUGAGGGUCAGCCACUGUCUGGAGUUUCUCUGCGGAGACCACGCCCUGAAUCGGUAUAAGGUCAGUGAUGCUCUGUUGUCCUCCUGCUCAAAGCCGACGUUCAUCCUUUAAACAGAGCAUGACUGUAAUAUCUAUAUACUGUAGCAUGGCUGUGCAUAUGUAAAGGUAUCUGAGGUCAGGUUACCUGUGAAGUGUGCUGAGGCUGAGUUGACAGAUCCGUGUGUCGGUUAUGCAAAUGUUAGUUCACAUAAAGUAUACCAUAUUUGCUAUUUCUGCUCUUUGUUUGAAUGUAAAUAUUUAGAUGCACACAGGCACGGGUUUAACUAGUCAUGCAUGGUUCAGGAUGUGAUGCAGAGAUAAAAAUGUGUACAUGAAGAGGUGCUCUACUUUCAGGUCCAAGUGUGGAAGUUAACACGUGUGCAUUUAGUGGGUAUUCAGUCAUGAAAUCAGGACAUUUCCCAAAAAGAAAAAUCCAGUCUUUUUGUCUCAUACUGAUUGGGAGCUCAUAUCUAAUCUGUGUAUUGUUCGCAGUACAUCCGCACAUGCAUGCAAGCCAAGGAGCCUCCACGCCUCACCCUGGUCCAUACCAGCACCGUCAAGGCCAUGUUUGACAAGGAAACCUCCACCAUCGGAGCUGUAGUCAGCCGCAGGUCCUCCAACCCACCUCUACCACUACCUCCUAAGAGAAGGGUUCCCACGGUCAGUUGUAUAACUCGCGUUGUUGUGUGAUCGUGCUUCUCUUUUUCUUCUUUUUUUCAUCAACACUUGCUUUCGCACUAACUGAGAUAUGCAUCAAGAAGUCUAUUUUGAGUUUCAAAAAGAUAAAACACAGACGCUCUCUGAGACAAACAAGAGAAAAAGGCCGUCUGACAGGGUGAAAAAUCAACUAUUACUCAUAAAAAAAUGGGCCCUUGAAUGUUGAAAUGUUUAUUAGGGGGACUUUUUGUCACCUUGUUGAGCUUUUUUUUUCAGUUUGAGAGCUGAGAGGAGGAGAAAAUGUGGUCCUGCUGGUUGGGAUUUUUUUCAUGUCCUCUUAUUGAAAUGGUUGAACGAAAAGCCGGUUAUUGGAGGAUUGUACUUCCUUGAACUGCGGUUACUUGCCUGGAAAGGAUGUUCUCAUGUAUUCUUGAUAACAACCACUUACUGUAAUAUCCCUCAGUGUUUACCGAGUUGCGUUCACGCUUCCUUGAGGCAGUAAAAACUCCAUGGUUAGAUUGAUUUACCUGCACUGAAGCAGGCAGGUGUUUACCGAGUACACACGUCAUCGGCAGCUGCGAGCGCGAGGCUGUGUUUGGAGUGUGUCAGAGCAGGCGUGCACUACCCUGCAAGCACUUGCCAUGUUGCCAGAAAUCCUGCCUCCAGGUGCACAGUAACAUAAUUUCUCAAUGUGUGCAUCAACAUGUGGGUAUGAAGACAACUUUUCAAUCUUUUCUCUCUGUCGCCAGAAUCCUCUGUUUUUUUUUUGUUUUUUUCUGCAUUCAGACUCAAAGAUAAAAGUCCUGUUUGAGUUGAGGCCACAGAUGCUCCUUCUAAAAUACUUUCAGUUUGUUAAUCCACAUUUUUUUAGCUGUUUUUCAUGUACCUAUCAGAGCAGACUGCAUCCUUGUUAUCCUUGUUCUUGAACACUUACUUGUCACAGUGUUCAAACCCUGUUGUGCUGCAGUGUAAUCAGGGUCAUUAAAAGAGGCAGAGGCAGACAGAGAGUCGCAUCGAUUCAUUACAAUGUCAACAUAGUGGCUUUGGUGACAGGAAGUUAGAUUUAUUUUCAGAGAAGGGACCUGUUAUUUAGGGCUUUAUGUCGUGACUGAUAAUCAGUCUGAACAAAGCCCGAAGAGCGCGCUGUUUACCAUGUCGAUGCUGCACAGAAAUCUUUUGUUUCUGCUUGUAAUUUUAGCGGCUGACACAUUUAGUCGCUCAUCUGAUAGGAGGACAAAUAACACACACACACACACACACCCACACACACACACGGAGGCAGCAAACAGCAGGAAGUGUGCCAGUUAGUCAUGUUCAUACACUCCAGAGGUCAUGUGAUGCUGUUUUUCCUGCCGACUGCUGAUACUUGCAAAUCCACUUGGCUUGACAUCACAGUGACCCUUCUGACCUCCCACAUUGUGUGUGUGUGUGUGUGUGUGUGUGUGUGUGUGUGUGUGUGUGUGUGUGUGUGUGUGUGUGUGUGUGUGUGUGUGUGUGUGUGUGUGUAACAGGAACAGUAUGAAGGCACUCAUAUAUACGUCUGGUGUAUAAUGCUGAUGUUGCUCACUUCAGUGUGUUUUUUUCUCACCUCGCUUUGCCUCUGCAGCAGGUGCAGACGUGUGUGUGGGACGUGUCCAGCCCGUUCAAGAUCGUCCUGCUGAAAGGUAGCAAGGUGAACGCAGAGGAGAAUGCCAAGGUAAGACCCUGAUGUGUGUUCAGAACAGUUACUCAUGCUUCUUUUGAUCCCUACAAGUCGAGAUACCCCCACUCAGAGUAAAAUGAUUUAACAGUUUUAAAAAGCAUGUAAAUGAGAUGUCGGCAUCAGUCAUUAAAAAAAUUGUAAUCGGGCGAUCUCUAGGGUUUCUCGAGUGUUUUCUGUCUUUAAAAAGUUUAGAAAAUGUAGUAUUGAAACAGCAGGGUCAUCUCAGUCUGAAAUUAUUAGCUCACGCAGUCUCUCACAGAGUGUUGAACCUCUUCCCAUCUCUACUCCUGAAAGACUCAGCCUCUCUAAAAUGCUUGUUUAUUCUCAGUCAUGGUACUAACCUGUCGGAGAUGUUCCUUCAGGUGUCAUCUUUUCAACAUCAUGCCAAUUUUUUAGUGUUUUUUUUUUUUGAGACAGCCCCUACUUUUCUGGAAAAAUGUUGCUCUAAAACUAACAUUUUUGGUCAAUUUCAAUAUUUUAAAAUCUCGUCUCUGCGCUGUUAUCUAUCACACCAUUAAAAACAAAUGUUUGCAAAAUCUCUGACUAGAGGAAACCAGAGGAGCUAGGAGUGAUAAUGGUAACAUACUGUUAAACUCUCCUGAAGAUUAAAGUGUGUUUACCUGUAUUUGUGACCCACUGUGUAUCUGCUCACUAUAAUAAGGCUCGGUUGUGUCAGAAAUAAUGAUUUGUUUUCGUGCAAAGCUCAGUUUUUGUUUUUACAAAAAUCCUUUGACCCUACGCCCUUCAAGUGUUUUCUUCUUAUCUAUCUUAUUUACGUCAAUGCGCUGAAAAACUAUCUCACCCAUCAGCAUGACUCACACAGCAGGACAGGGGUACUUCCUACUUUUUUACACUCGUUGCCAUGAACACAGACACUCUUAAGUUUGUGAGUCAGCCCUUCAAAAAAUCCUUCUCGUGGAUGGCAAGAGAUCUCUUAUUUUAGUGGAAGUUUGCUGAUUAUCAGGCUUUUAAGAGUGAAACGUUGUGAUUCUCACCUUUUAAAUCUUUUUGAUUUUCUGUAGAAACCUGUUCAGGGCUGGGUUACAAGUUUCAUGCUGUUAUUGGAGAUAUAAAUUAAAAAAGAGUAAUCUCAGACGAAUUUGGGAUAUGAUGUUUUAUACCACUCUCCAUCCAAUCUGCCCACUCAUUCAGGUCCAGGUGAGGGCGGGGCUCUUCCACGGCACCGAGCUGCUGUGUAAGACGGCGGUGAGCAGCGAGAGCAGCGGCCGCUCGGACCACACGUGGAAAGAAAGCACGCUGGAGUUCGAGCUCCCCGUCUGCGACCUGCCGCGCAUGACUCGCCUCUGCUUCGCCAUCUACGCCGUCAUGGACAAAGUCAAGAAGACCAAGUCCACCAGAAACUCUCACACAAACAAGUACCAGACCAUCCGCAAGGCAGGGAAAGUGGUAAGGAAGAGUACAUGUCAAAUAAGGACAGCAUCUUCACGGUGUCAUAGACAGAUGGUUCAUCUCAUUAUCUCUGCCUCUGUUUGUACCAGCACUACCCCAUAGCCUGGGUCAACACCAUGGUGUUUGACUACAAAGGCCAGCUGAAGACCGGAGACAUCAUCCUGCACUGCUGGUCUUCAUUUCCUGGUAUACACACAAACUAUUACUCUAGUGCUUACCUUACACUGUUUAUCCAGUUAGCUGGGGGUUUAAUUAACUCAUCCAGGGAGGAACACAACUUUGUUUGUUUGGCACACCUCAUAAACUCCUCUGCCAUUUUAUUAAUUUUUUGUUCUUAUCAUGUUCUUACGUACACAAGCAGAUAUAAUGGCUGUGAUGUGAGGAGAGGUGCAGGACAGGUAUGAAACCUCCUCCAGAAAAAGAACAAACAGAAAGGAUUGUCGUUUUCCAAAAACAGAGAAAACCAACAAAACGAAAUAUGAUCCUGAUCCGAUCCUGACCAGUUUUUAAGUCGUACCACUGCUUUUAAAGUCAGGAGCAGCUGAUGGAGCUGAAUUUGAGCCUCUUUCAUAUUGUUGUUGGCCAUGCAGCAUACAGAGUCAAUCACAGCCCAAUCAGCUGCUCCUUAGUUUUAGGAUGAAUUACUGGCAUGUUAGAAAUUAUGGUGGGUUAAUGGAAGGGCAGCCUCAGGGCUUUUUUUCUCAUUAUACCUGGACAGAUGGAUUUUGACAGCUGUAAUACACACACAACAUUAUGCUCACCUGUGAAAUCUUUUGCAAUCUUGCACAGCAGCUCUGCCAUAAAUAACAUUUUCACAAAGAUUCUGCAUCUUCAGCUUUCAGUAACACAUCAGAAAGGUGAUGGUACUGCUUUAAAUGUGGGAUCAGAGUCAUAUUUGGCAUCUUUGACACUUGUAAAAGCUCCGUCCUUAUCUCAGACGAACAGUGUGAGCACUCAAGAGCGUUCAGAUGAACCUUGAGUUCUGGCUGCAUUGUAAACUGUUGGUUAGUAGAGAGUAAGGCUGUUUUUCAAGGUAGUUUCAUUUGGACAACAUUCGAGAGUGCAGCUCUCAGGUGAAUGCAUUUCUAAGAAAGGCGAUCGUUUUUCUUUCAACAUUAGAUAUUCAAGCCUUUUAGCUCAAACUCAGUGAUGAUCUCAAGGUCGUACCGGGUCUUUGCUGCAUGAUAUCUCAACACUGCUCCACUGUGUUUGUGUUUUCAGUCUUUGUACGGUCAGAAGGUCAGCCUCAAAUGUCCAGAACUGUCGGAGAGAGUCUGAAACACCGUUUUCUCACUUUUGUCCUCCUUCAGAUGAACUUGAAGAGAUGCUGAACCCCAUAGGAACCAUCCAGACCAACCCAUACACUGAGAACGCUACAGCAUUGCACAUCCACUUCCCAGAGUACUUGUCACACCCCAUCGUCUUCCCUCCUUUUGACAAGGUCAGAUGGCUGUCACACUCAUUCCCUUCUAGCUACCAUCUGGACACGCCAGUUAGCAUAAAUCUGUGAUUUCUGCAGGCGAGUGUGCAGACAUGUUAAAGCUGUCAUGACUGAAAUAAACUAUCUACGGUGUGUGUCGAAUGUUUGACGGUUUCUGGACUUUUUCCAGCAGUUAAAUUUGUCACUGCAGUGGCUUUGCGCUCUUCAUAAUGGCUCCUGGUGAUUAAGAUGAAGUGGUGACUGUUAGCAGGAAUAAAUCAGGAUGUGCUCAGCCUGACUAAUGCGCUGUUUACACUCUAUCUUUUCUAUAGAUACUGGAAAAAGCUGCAGAGAUCGCCAGAGCAAGUGACUGUGCGCCUAUGGUGAGUUGAGUCAAAAAUCCAGGAGCAACCCAGGUGGAAAAAAAAGUGAUGCAUUGCUUCACAGUUGCUUCUCUUCAUAUAAAUGCUCCUACACUUCUACUGUGUGAGCAUGCACUGCUAGUUUCCUUGGAAACCCAUUGUUAUCACUUCUGCAGGGAGUAGUUGCAGAAUGUUUCAAUCUCCUUUCCAAAACUAGCGAGCUGUUAAUCAGAUUAUUGUAUGCUUUCCUGUCUCAGCCCCUCAGCUUCUAGCCCAUUUGAGGGUGUGUUACAGCCACUUACAUAAUCCUGAGUUAUGUCGAGGGCAUGCCUGAACGCACCCCUUUACUGUAGGUGUGUAAUGAAACUCGGCCUCAGAGACAGCCUCGUGUUAAUUUUUACUGCAUUAAAAUUCUGAUUGAAUACCCACACAUUUCAGCAGAUAUUAAAGUAAUGAACAGUUUGACCUGCUUCCUGAUGUGUUCAGUAAUUGAUUCUUUAUUUAAUGUUCCUAUUGAGGCCUGUUUGUAAUGUGUUUGCCCUUGUGGCAAAUCAGUUAGCAGUUUGUUAUAAAAGGCCUCAAUUUGAUGACGUUAGUCCUUGAUUUGUACAUUUUGUUGAGUUUAACUCGGGGCAGAGAAAUAUCAGGACUCCCUGGUACACUACUGCCAUCUUGUGGUUCUGUACUGUUUCUGCUUUCUCCCACGACCAUCCGUUAGAUUUAUCUCUUUUUAUUCCCACCCUGACAUUUUCUUCUCUUUCUUAAACCUCCUGACCCAAACAAACACUGUUUCCCUCAUCUCCGUUUCUCCUCAGGGUCGUGGAGGUAAAAAGUUCCACAUAGAGCUGAAGGAGAUCAUGGAGCGUGACGCACUUUCUCAGCUGUGUGAGAAUGAGAAGGAUCUGAUCUGGACACUACGCUACGACUGCAGGGAGAACUUCCCACAGUCACUGCCAAAGCUGCUACUCUCCGUCAAGUGGAGCAAACACGAGGACAUGGCCCAGGUGAGCUGGUGUUUGCUCUCUUCAUGCAUCUUUCAUCUAUAGUUUCACAUCUGGGUUUAGCGUGCUGCAAAACAAAUCUACUUAGAGGCACAAAUAAUGUAGUUUAUCAAACUGUUAUGUUACCCAGAGUCAUCAGACCUGGCAAAGAGGGCUUUUCUCAUUCAGAGGCUGACCUUGAGCAGCUCUUUGGAGACAGCCAGCCCUUUGUCAUUUCAUCUAGGUAAACUGAAAACCCUCAGUAAGUAGUCUGGGCUGCUAUUAGUAUCAAUCAGUGAACUCCCCCUGUUUUUAUUUAGAGUAGACGCCAAUCAGAGACGGGCUGGUAAUUAUUUUGUCUCUAAACUGAAAAAUAUGGAAUUUUUUCUGAAGCCUGGAGUCUUUGUGGACAAAUCUAUCCACACUCGCUAUUCACGGCACUAGCAGUGAAACCAGCCCUGUCCCUCCUGUUACUCACUGUGGCAUCGAUUUUCCUUGUGCCUUCAGUUUGAAGCAUUUGCAGACACCCUGAGAUACUGCGCCUACAUGCUGUGUAUCCACUCGCAUAUUUUGAGCUCCAGUUCAUCUGUAGCUCACUUCCUCCCGCCACCUUGUAUUCUCAUCUUUUUGUUUUUGUACUCAAAAACAGACUUCAGUUUUUGUCACUUUUUGAAUCAGCUGGAUAAUAUUUUACUGAUUAGUGCAGCUUAUUGAAGAGAAACAUCACUGUUGGCUCGUGGGUCCAAAUCAGCAUCGGAAAACAUAAAAUGACAAAAUGCCUACAGCUCACACAUUCACAGUGAUUGAUACACAAGAAGACAUAUAUUUAUCUGAUGUUUUCAAGAACAAAAGAAAUUUAUGAGCCAACACGUCGGCUUGUGCAGGCAGUUUUGAGCGCCAUCAUCACCACUCAGAUCAUUCCUGAUGAUAUAUCCCAGAUAUCCGCCACACCAAGCUCCUGACAAAAUUGUGCACGUCAACAACCAAUCUUAUUCCGCUUCAUAGGUUUGUGUAGUUUGCAGCUGUGUGUAACUUGUAGGCAGGUUGUGCUGUCACCUGCAGAAACAGUAGAGUGUUUGAAAAGCAGAGACUGAUCAAACACCUGCAACAAAGACACACCUGGACUGUUUGCUUCAGAGCACCAAAGCAGAAGAUUUGUACUGAAACGAUCGCAUUUACGCCUGUUUUACACAGAGACUCUAAAGGUCCGUCUGUCUGUCUGUCUGUCUGUUUGUAUGUCCCAGCUCCAGGCACUCCUUCAGAUCUGGCCCAAACUGUGUCCCAGAGAUGCUCUGGAGCUCCUGGACUUCAACUAUCCUGACCAGUAUGUGAGAGAAUAUGCUGUGGGCUGUCUGCAGGACAUGAGGUACACACAUCCACCCACCCACACCUGCAUAUGCUUAUACAACAUGCUGGCCUCCUCUGUUUUCUUAUAUUCAAGCUUUUACAUUUAUGGCUUUGACUCCAUAAGAAUUUAAACAUUAUAGAGUUUGAUGGUUUCUAGUAUGCAUGAUACAGAGAUAAAGAUUUACCUGCAUUUUUAUGCAGAAACAAACAUUGUUGGCAGACAAUUUUGAGCCCAUGCAGUGAUUUCCACUACAGAGUCAUCUCUGUUUUCAUUACUGAGGGCCGAAAGAUCACUAUCAGUCACCAGCCUUGUUACUUUUGUGCAGAAAUCUCUCCAGAUUCUCUCUUUUUAUGAUAUAAUGUACUUGAGAUGAUGAAAUCCAUAAAUUAUCUGUGAUUUAAGUUGAGAAAUAUUAUUUUUAAAAGUGUUGAACUUUCAAUGAACCUGUAAUCAUCUUUAAUUCAGAGAGACUCGGCCACUCUGGUUGUCCUUUUUUCCCAGUCAUGUUACUAACCUGUUGCAAAUCAACCUCAUGAGUUGGGAGAAGUUCCUGCAGCUGUUUUUCACUGUGUUGUUGUCCCCAGUGAUGAGGAGCUGUCGCAGUACUUGCUACAGUUGGUGCAGGUGUUGCGUUAUGAGCCGUACUAUGACUGCGCCCUGACCCACUUCCUGCUGAAGCGUGCUCAGGGGAACCGCAAGAUAGGACACUUCCUCUUCUGGCAUCUACGGUGAGUACAGUGAGUGUGUUUGUGCGAAAAGGUCAACAGUUAAAUCCUCAGAGAUUCCUCCUCUGACUGAAGCUGUGCUGCCCUCUACAGGUCAGAGAUCCACAUGCCUGCUGUGUCGGUGCAGUUCGCCCUUAUCCUGGAGGCCUACUGUAGAGGCAGCAUCCCUCAUAUUGAGGUCCUUAAAAAACAGGUGAGUCACUUUGUAAGAGGAACCGCAUUGAUAGACCUUAUCUAGAUACCAAUUUUCUCUUGUCAGAAUAAAGUCAUCGUAAAAUCAUUCACUAACUAGGAGAGGGAUUACCUAAUCUGGUUCUCUAAACUGGAUUAUAUACAAUAUACUUUGUUCACAGGGGGCGCCAAAAUCCAAAAAGUGCAUAAGACUGAGAACUGUAUUUCCUACGCCAGGGUAGCAAUACAGCAGUUCAACAGUAGAAAAUGAGAGGUCUGAAGUACCAGCCUUAAAAAAAUGUGGUUAUGUGUAACUUACUUGAAACUUGAACACAUUUUGUCCCCCUUAUCCCGCCUGUAUCAGCCUGUAAAUUCAUUAAAAGUGGAUUAAAGUUACCCCAAUCUGACUUAAAUUUUGAACUCAAAGUGGAGGUUUUAUCAGAGUAAAAGCCAAGAUUAGAUUACCUAAUCCAAUUCUGUCAGCCUUUCCCUUUUGAGUGGAGGCUUUUCAAGAUGUGAUCCAAUCUGCCACCUUUAAUCUUUCGAGAUGCUGCUGAACAUUUGUUUCUGGUUCCAGAGCCAGAAACAAAUGUUCCUGUUUCUGUUUAAUUUCCCACUCCUCAUUUCUAUAACAUUAUUGUGUUCAACAGUUUCAAGAAUGAGAAUAGAAUUGGUCUAUUGUCAGCCCCGGCAGGGACCAGAUUUCUGGUAUUUUUAGCCCGUCACAGCGACAACAGUCUCGCCCUCCUGCCCUUCAACCUCCGCCCUCUGUGCUGUUUAUUCUGUCAGUCCCCUGCUCGCUUCCUCAUACUUCCUCAUCAACACAGUCACUUAUCUGAACCACUUUCCUGUUAUGUAGAGCGUCCACACUGGACCAGAUCACAGUGCUGACAUGGUGUGUUUAAGGGGAAUGAGCUUUCCAACAGGAAUGAAUAAUUCAUGCUGACGACAUGUUCCCUCCUCUGACCGCAUCAGGUGGAAGCCCUGAGUAAGCUAAAGUCAGUGAACGAGCUGAUCAAGCUGGGGACCAUCAAGAAUGCUCGGAGUAAAACCAAGGAGGCCAUGUUGACCAAGGAGGCCAUGAUGACAUGUCUGAGGCAGAGUGGCUACUCAGAGACUCUGUCAGAUCUGCACUCCCCUCUUAACCCCCACAUCCUGCUGUCGGGCAUCAAGUAAGACACCACUGUGUAUAUCAGAGUUGGAAAUCAGGUUUUUUACCUCCAAGUGCCGGUGUUUAAUUUUUCCUUCUCUGUUUUUACACCAGCGUGGAGAAGUGUCGGUACAUGGACUCUAAGAUGAAGCCACUCUGGCUGGUUUACAACAACAAGCUGCUCGGGGGAGACAGCCUGGGAAUCAUCUUCAAGAAUGGAGACGGUAGGAGGAGUCAAACACGGGGAGGGGAGGAGGGUUUUAGAAGAAAGCAGGGUAGAGAUACUUCUGGGCCAUGAUGAAACAGCUGACCAUCUUAGUUAGCUUCACUUGAGCACAUCAUCUCAAAAUCACUCAAUUUUCUUGUUCCAGAUCUGAGGCAAGACAUGUUGACCCUCCAGAUCCUGAGGCUAAUGGAUCUACUUUGGAAAGAGGCAAAUCUGGACCUAAGGUGUGUUUUUUGUAUUUACCUUUUCUCACUUUGUUUCUCCUUAUUAGUGGAUGGGUGUUUUAAAAUGUCACAUUUUUAACUGAGCUUUAAAAUGACCAAUUAUUUUCAGGUAAAUCAUAUAAAAAAUCAGUGGAUAGGUUGUUUUUACAGGUUACUUCUGCUAGAGUGGGGCGGAGUAUAGCCUCUAUAUAAACUACUUCUUACAGUGAAACUGAGACUCACCAAAGGGAUGUAAAGAACCAAAAAAUAAGCAUUUGUGUCCGAGAUAAAUAGAGAAUUUUACUCUGAAUCAUAUUAACAGUAAAACUGAGAUUUAACAGAAAAACAAUAUAAACGCACUAAGCUGGAGACUGUAUGAACUGAGGAAUGAGGGGAACAUUUAGCCUCCCAUUAUAUCAACACUUACUAAUUAUUCUGUUAACAAUGAAACUGAGACUCACCACUAACAGAUAAACUCAUCAAAGUGAUGCAAAAUUAACAGUUUUUGUGUCACAGACAAACAGUAUCUGAAAGGUGAGAGUGUUACUUUGCUAUUAACCUGAGACUCGAAAUGCUGUUAAUUACACUGGAACUGAGACUGGGGGAAAACGGAUAAAAAGGCUGUGCUUUGGGAUGUUUCAUGAACCGAGCAAAAGCAAGCAGGUUACUGAUAUUCUUUAAGGGGAGAGGUGUGAUUCGCUUUGGAUCUAAAACAAAAAAAUCUUGCAAUUAACAGUAAAACUGAGACUUACCAGAAAAAUAUUAACAAGCACUUAUACAAGGAAUGACUUAAACCAAGAGCAUCUGUUUUAAGGAUGUAUUUAAGGCGUAUUUAGCUUCUUUGUGGAUAUAAGCUUACUAAAUCUAACUGCUUACAGUGAAACUAAGACUCACCAGAAACACACCGACAGAUACUCAUGCAGGGGAAAUUCGAGGUGCUCUCUUCAUCAUUUCUAGAGCUGCAUUUGAUAGAUAGUUGCAGAUUAUGUUGCUAUUUCAGUAACAAGGAUCUCCAAACUGGCAGCAAUAUCAGAAAUCUUUGUAGUAAUAUUGAUCAAAAAGUUUGAUCACAGAUCUCUUCAUUUCUGUGUGUGUGUGUGUGUGUGUGUGUGUGUGUGUGUGUGUGUGUGUGUGUGUGUGUGUGUGUGUGUGUGUGUGUGUGUGAGUGUGAGUGUGAGUGUGAGUGUGUUGGUCAAGCAGACAGUCUUUGUCCAGCUUGUUUGUUCCUGCUCUCUGCAGGGAAGGGGAAGCUGUGGUGGGGUGCAGCACAGAGGAAGACACACUAAAUUACCCCAUGCUAGUUUGACCUCCAACCCUUUUACACCCCCGAUUUACACACACACACACACACACACAAUAUCUGCAUUACAUCCUAAUCAAAUCCACACUUUUGCAGCUUUACAAUCCUCUUUUCUCCUUUCGUCAUACCCUGUCACAUCUGGAGCCAAGCAGUCGUGGGGGUUGUUUUGACAGUUGAGCUUGAGGACGGUGCUUCAGAUUACAGAGGACACGGGUUCACAGGUCCAUCACAGUGAAGGGGACAUUGUGAAUGAAGGGAGGGCGGUGUUAUGAAAGCGUUACGAUUCGAGUUUGUCCUGGGAUUUCUUGAUGAUGCAUUAUUCUGCAGAUUUUCUUACUCAUCGGCUGCCUGUGGCCUUUGUUGCUGAUUAUAUAAGCUCCACAUUCACCCAGUUGGGUAACAAACGCCUGCGAGCCAUUUGAUGUCCAGUGAACCUCUGAAACUUCUCAUGGAUGUAUUCUGUCCUGUUUUAUAUAAAAGUCUUUAGGGAUGAUUUCGGUAGACUUGAACAGAAGGGGAUCCAUCCAUCCUUUAUUAUUUUCUCCACAUGUCCUUACAUCACCAUAUGUUCUCCACCGUAUGGUCCCAUCUGUCCCGCCUCAGUGCAAGACAACAGUUAAUAUGAUACGUUCACUGCACACGUUGUAUAAUCACUGAGAAUUUAUAUAAAUUUUUUAAAAGCAAUAUUCAAAGAAUAAAAGCUUCUGCACACCUGGACAGGUGCACAGGUACGAAGAUGAUAGUCAAAACACAGUCAUCUGCACUGCAAGUCUAAGAUGUACUGUUUUGCUUCAUGGCACUGUGGUACCAACUCAGACCUCUUCAUCAUCAGUAACCAAGCAGCAGACUCAGCAAAUCAUGGUGUUCGGCAACACACAUGCAGUUUGCUUCAAAGAUGGUAAACACGGAGACAGUGUCCAACAUACUCCUCACACGUGCUUUCAUCCCUUUGAAAUCUUCUUUGGUAUCGGUUUGCAGCUCACCUGUUGGCCCCAUCACGUCAUUAUUUACAAUUAUUUUUAUUCCCAAGUCAUGACCUUGAAAAAAUGUAGUGCCAGUUUUGUAAAUUUUUCUUUACUUUUGCAACAAAAGGGUGAAAAAGAUCAGUUUUUGAGAUUUAGUGUUGAAACAGUUGUGAAAACUGUAAUAUGAAACCUACACCAGAUCACUGACUUAUUAUAAUGAUGGAUUACACCCCUCUAUAUGGUACAAAAGUGAAGUCAAAAUACCGUUUGUAACAGACAAUGUGUGUAUUGUCUGGUUGAUCAAUAAAUAUAAAUUAAGCCAUUCACCUCUCUGUCUUCACAUAUCCUGCAGAAUUGUACCGUAUGGGUGCCUUGCGACAGGAGACCGAGCUGGGCUGAUCGAGGUGGUCUCGUCUGCAGACACGAUUGCAAACAUCCAGCUGACCAGCAGCAACGUGGCAGCAGCUGCAGCCUUCAACAAGGAUGCUUUACUCAACUGGCUCAAAGAGAGGAACUCCAGGUAAGAUCAGGUGUCGGCUGCUGCUCCAAACUUUAACCACUGGGUUAGAUUAUCAAAAACACCAUUGCUGUAAUCAAUUUAAAAUUUGAGAAUGAACUGAGCUGUAAUGUAAUGCAAAGGUGGGUCAUGUGGUAGCCAAUGAAAUGAAAAGUGGAAAAUAAGUGUAUGUUGUUGUAAAUGUAUGAAAGUGUAAGUCAUACACUACCAGAGGAACCUGCAGCUGUAACAGGGAUUUUGAUCAAAAAUCAUGUUUUUUUUGUUUUUGUUUUUUUGCAAAUGUAUCCUCUGUUUUUGAUCGUAGGAUACCACACUUACCUUAACACACCUCUGGUUUGUAUUGCAAUGCACAGUAAAAACCAUAAUGAGAGUGCAUAUAAAGCUUGCACCACAAACUGACAUAAAAAUAGAAUAACAGAAUCCUAGGAUAGAAAUGUGCUUAUGAUUGCCUUUUAUAUUUACAGUGAUGCUCUAGAGCGGGUCAUCGAGGAGUUCACUCUGUCAUGUGCAGGCUACUGUGUAGCCACCUAUGUCCUGGGCAUCGGAGACCGCCACAGCGACAACAUUAUGGUCCGCAGCAAUGGACAGGUUAGACUGACUUUUUCAGAGAUGAUUCGGUCUGCGUUUGUUUUUUUUUUUGUUGCUGCUCACUGAUUGGCUCUUCUUGUCUAUCAGCUGUUCCACAUUGACUUUGGCCACAUUCUGGGCAACUUCAAGUCAAAGUUUGGCAUCAAGAGGGAGCGCGUGCCAUUUAUCCUCACACACGACUUCAUCCACGUCAUACAGCAAGGCAAGACGGGAUAUACAGAGAAAUUUGGCAGGUUUGUUCUUCUCAGAUUCCUUACAGAACAGAUUUGAUGGAAGAUUCCAGUUAAACAACAACAUGAUGCAAAACAAGCAGAAUUAGGGUUCAAUUUUGGCCCUUUUUUGGGGAGUGAGAGUAUUUAUCAGGGGCACAAAUCAGCUUUGUGCAGACAGAAAGUUUUGCAGCCAUGCAGAGGUUGCAUAAGUUGCACACAUUCUCUCUCACCAGCAGAGGGCAGUAGACACUCAGGCAUUGAUAAAAUUCAUGCACAUUUCCUGCUCUCAUACCGUAAAGAUAAACCGCAUUAAAGUGAAAAUGAGAUGUGUUUUCGAAACAAACAAACACCCACUCUAAAUCUAGGAGGCUGGUGAUUGAAAAUAUUGCACUUUUACGGUACAUCCUUGAAAACUAGUUGAAAGUUUCAGGAUCAGGUGUCUGUUUGACUUAAUGAUUAUUAGAGUCCCUCUCAAUGCUUCGGAUAAGAAUGAAAACAUCAUCAUUUUUUUAUCCGAGUUAGGAUACAGUCUAAACAUUAAGUCCAUUACUUGUGUUUUUGUCACAUCUGUGGUAAUACUGGUGCCUUUUCAAAAUAUCCAGUCGUGCUGAGCUGAUGAGAAUAAAAUGAACCCAGAUAUGUGCCCCACUGGAAGAAGCAAAACCUGCCCUGUUUAAGACAAACUCAGUGGAUCCAUGAAUAAAAACUUAGUUGUUGUUGUUGCAAUUUUAACACAAAAGGUAAUGUGCUUUUCUGAUGGAUGCUUUUAGUGAAAAUGUGCAAACUUAAACUGUUUAAGUUUGCACAUUUUCAGUUUAAGUUAAACAGCAAAUAUAUCGUGCAAAAGUUUGAUACAGCCAUCGCUCAAGAACAAAAGGUUUAUGUUCUCAGUAGAAAAUAAAUCUGUGCAUUAACAUCAUUGUUGAAGUUAUAAUAGACAUAGGAAUGGUGUAAAAGGCAUUAACAAAGAAUAAAGCUGAGGUGUUUUUGGUGGUUUUGAUCGGCACCAAUCUCUGUACACCAGUGGGUGGAACAAGUGUGCGAAUCAUGUAACUAACGAGGAAAUACCCAUGUGUUACAGUAACCUGUGUUGUUAUGACCUACUUUCGCAUGAAAGUCAGCGUGUGCGGACAAGUCCUGAGUGAAAUCAAACUUUGUCUGCUGCUGAGGUUAGUUCACUUGAGGAUCUGAACAACCACAUUUUCCUGUCAUGUGUGGUUAUACACGCCAAACUUGUGGAAAAAAAAAAACUGAUUCCAAAAACCAUUUGUUACAUGUUCCUAAAAACAACUUGUGAUAUUUUUCAAAUAAUUUGAUCACUGUUUUUUAGUCGGAAAAAAAGAAAACAUGUAAACAUAUUUGUGCGUUUUUAAUUUAAUGCGAGUAAGAUGUUUUGCAAAUGUCGGGUCAAAUACAUCAAAGCACCAAAAAAGUUGUGCAACGCUGAAAACCUGCCUGAGGGAGCAUCUGCCAACCAACGAGGUUAAUCCACAACAGGGUUAGUAACAUGAGAGUAUAAAGAGAGCAUUCAGAGCGGCUUACAGGUCAAAAUGGAAACAGGUUCACCACUAUGUAAGACUAUGUGAGAGACUGUGUGAGCAAAUAGUUCCUCAGUGUAAAACUCCUAAAGAGUCUGUAGAUUUCAUCGUCUACAGUUCAUAAUAUCGUUAAGAGAUUCACAGAAUCUGGAGAAAUCUCUGCACAAAAGAGACAUGUGGAAAUUAACUCCAAAUGGUUUUGAUCUUUAGGUUGUCGGGCAUUAAAAACAGAUGGUACUCUGUAGUGGAGUUCACUGCAUUGGCUCAUUUACCUCCUAAAACCCCUGCCUGUGAACACAGUUGGUUGCUGCAUUCACACAUGCAGAUUAUACUACACCAUGCAAAGAGGACACCAUAAAAACUAUCUAGUAAAUCUGAUGAUUUCUCUGACCCGAGCUGGAGACUCCACCUCACAUGAUACACCAAAAAGAUGCCCCACACAUUUACAGCAGCAUGGCUCUAUGGUAGAAGAGUCCUGGUGUCAAACUGUCCUGCCUGCAGCCCUGAUUUGUCAUCGAAAACAAGUCAGUGCAUCGUAACAUGAAAAACAGAAAAGACCCUGAGCUGUGGAGCACCUGACUGUCUGUAUCAUAGUGUUUCAACUCGUGCUGUCAGAGCAUCUGUAAAACACUUGAAACAUCUAGUUAUCCUUUCAAGCUGAAUGCAGCAGAUGCAGAGGUGCUCUCAUCAAAAAUCAUCCUUCCUGAGCUUGAAAAUAUUUUCUUCUCAAAGACUCGAAAAACGAGAAGUGCAGUUGUUGCUCAUUAUGUGUCUGCGUGGUAUCAAGAGCGGCAUGAACACAUGGGGAAACAUGCCCUUUAAAUGCUGACCUGGAGUUUUUUCAAAGUAGUGCCAAUGAUGAAAAAAAAUCUGUUUGAUCAGUUCUUUUCACUUUGAGUCACUCAAACUUUAAAAACACCUUCUCUGCUCACAUGUGUGGGAAGGCACACAUAAAUGACACGCAAACAUAAAUGACACGCAAACUCAUUGUGAUUGUUUUGGGGGGUUUUUAUUUUCACUUCUUUCUGUUUUUUCUUUGAAACAACCUAAUACAGAAAACUCAAAAUGAAUCACCCCUUCAUUGGCCUGAAGCACGAUAAGAAAAUUGUCAUCUGUAAUGAGCUGGUGCUGGUAACCUCAUUUAGCGUAGUCAUAGAUCUGUAGAUGGAUUUUAUAGCUGUGGAAAGCACUCAGAAGUGAGUGUGCUACUUCUAUCGUACUUUUCGACCUUAUAUGUGCAGCUUGAACCAAAUACUCUAAAAGCAUCUGUUACAUUCAAAAGAAAUACCAAUGGCAAUUAUUAGACGAGAAUUGUGGUUAUUAUGUAGACCCAGGGAAUCAUUUCUGCAUGCUGGAGUCCUGUACAUAAUGGGGCACUGAGAGGUUUCACUGCUAUUGUAUUCACAUGUUCUACUUUCUGUAAAAGGGGGAAUUGCACAAGAGCAUCGCUUUAUGUUAUGAUAAAUGCUGUUAAUGCAUGCUUUACGUCAGGAUUAUGAACUCUGUGUGCGUGUGUGUGUGUGUGUGUUGUAGUUUCCGUCAGUACUGCGAGGAGGCCUAUCUAAUCUUGAGGAAGAACGGGAACCUCUUCAUCACGCUGUUCGCCCUCAUGCUGACGGCUGGACUGCCUGAGCUCACCUCAGUCAAAGACAUCCAGUACUUAAAGGUAUUAAACACACAUGCAGAACUUUGAAAAAAUGAUGGAUGAAGGUUGAGUAAAAAGGUUAUAUUCACCAGUUUUAAAGAGCAACUAAUUUCGCUCAUAUUUGCAGCAAUAAUUAAGCUUCCCUGGCACAUGUAAUAUUUAGAAAUACAGGAAUCAGCUGUUUGCUUUAUCAUUGACAGACUUAGAUCAAAUAAACAACAUUACAGGCUUAGUCUUGAUAAAAACUAGGAUUCUGCAACACUUCUGUCAUCCUCGAGAUUUUUCAGAAGUGUCCUCUGAUAAAAUAUUUCAACUUUUGACAGUCACAUUUAUCAUUUAUUGUGAAUAUCUAAUGAGGAAAAUGUAAAAACAGUGCUGUUUCUUGAGCUGCUUGGCUGACAACUGCACCCUCAGGUGUCAAUCAGUAAAAAUGACAAAAACCUCUUAAAAAAGCGCAUCAAUCUCAGUCCAUUUUAUAAACGUCAGGAAAAAAACCUACGGGAGCUUUACGUCUGUGUGUAAACAUACUGACUUGUUUUGUUGGAAAUGAUGAUAUUUGUAUUUUGUUAAAGUUGUCAGGAAAUUAAAACUCUGAGAACUCUGCUGAAGCUCGACUUGUCUGUGCAAGUAAAUGUCCUGAAUGUUUCUGCAGCCUCAAUCAAAAGAUUAAAAUCCAGCAGUGGGGUGGGUUUUUCCCGCAUUCUGUGAGGCUGCAGAGCGUGUAGGUUGAACUUACUGCCGUCGCUCAAACUUAUCUGACACAUUUUUCAAACUAUCAAGCUCAUCGUGCCUCGGUAUUUUGGGCACUGAAGAGUUCAAAACCCAUUUUCCUGUAAUGUAUUUAAAUUGUUGUUUCCCACAAAACUUUAAAGAUUCACAUAUUGAUUGCUGGUAGACUGUUUAUUUCUAUUCUUCUGAUUAAUUGGUGAUUUUUCUCAUUUUAAUGAGCAAAUUACAUUGAGAAAAUUCAGUUUAGACUGAAAUGAUGUCUUUUCAUUGUUUAACCUCUGUCCCCACAAUGCUUCUCUCCUCAGGACUCUCUUGCUCUGGGUAAAACCGACGAGGAGGCGCUGAAACAGUUUCGGCAAAAGUUUGAUGAGGCCCUGAGAGAGAGCUGGACAACCAAAGUUAACUGGAUGGCCCACAAUGUGGCCAAAGACAACCGCUCAUAGAGCAGCUGAGAGCCCUCGAAUGUGGGGCCUGGGGCCGAGAGGGCACAGAGAAGUUUGUGUGCACAAGGGGAAAAAGGUGUGCCAAGGAGACAGGGUUAGAGCCACCCUGGUUUGAAGAAGGGAAUCUAUCAGAACAUCCCCCCAAAACAGCAGCCCUGGGUCACAUAGUCAACCUACUCUCCUGAACAGUUUAGUUAGCUCUCACCCUCAUUUUCUGUUCCCCGCCUCGCCUGGCAAAAUCCAGAUUCACGGUCACGUGACAUUUCUGAGGAAUCAUGGUGGGUAAAAUCAUUGCAAGUUUUGCACAGGCACAACAGCAGGUGGAGCACACAGCCAAAAGGAAGGGAACUGAGGCGCCUCUCAGACCACAUUGAAGAUGAACUGUCCGCAGGAAUCAGGCUCUGGACUGGGUGGACUUUGUCAGACUGACUUGAAACUCUGGACUCUGAGGGGGGACGAGCUCUGACUGCACCUCUGGACUGUUGUCAGAGCAGCAGAGAUAACAGUGUGGAAAGAGCGGGAUUCAAAAGACAGAAAUGUCCGACCCCAUGUCUUACAACCAAGUGCACAACGCCCACUGGAAGUGCAUCUUAACAGUCUCUCUCCUGCUGCCUCGAAGUGUGCCUCAAAACUGCGGGAAGAUUGUAUUUUUUAGGACUUUUAUUUUUUAUUUUGCCAUUUGAGAAUUCAUCACAGGAUGUUCAUGUGCCAGACUACUUUAUUGGAAAUGUUGUGUUAGGGAAAUAACAAAAGAGAAGGAUCAAUUGGAGGAAAAAUGCCCUGAGCCUUUUGGUUCACUCUAUGAAUCACUUUAACCAUCACACACUGGAGUUUUAUCAGACAGGCAGACAUACAGAGACAUCAAAACGCCUUUCUGAUGAUCUACCCACUUUAAUUUUAGUGGGUUUUAUUCCUAAAUUACAAUGCGCAUUGUUUCUUUUUCUCUAAAUUUUCAAAUCAAAUGAGUAUCUGAGACGUCAGCCUGCUCAUGCUCACAGCCAGGACAGAUAGACUCACUGAUGCUUUUAACAUGACAGGACCAAAACAGAGGCAGAUCUGUUGUAAUUUAAUUGUUCAUACUGUGUUUUUAAUUAUUUGUGUCUGAAUUGAAUGUGAAAAUGUGCCGCUCCUCUUUUAAGACGUAUUUGUUUUUAUACAGCAGGUGUGGGCGGAGUCUGGGGCCUGUGUGGGCGGGGUUCAUCAGUAGGGACAUUACACUGCGAUGCAAAGCUACUUCCUAAUUUUCUGACACAUGUUGCUCCCCGGCAUCUGCAUCUGUGAUUCAUUUUUGUGCAAUAUCCGAGAAUAGGACCACAUCUCAUUAUGUAAACCUUAGGCUCGGGCCUAAGCCUAUAAUGGUUUAUUUCUCCGCAGGUGUAUGUGAUGCAGCUGUAUUUGGCACCACUAGCCUUCAAAAGUCUUAGACACUGGAUAUUGUCAAAUGUACAGGCUUUUAUUGUUUUGCUGUUAUUAUUUUCAUAGGAGUUUUAUUAAAGUUAUUUUCCACUGCGCUACAUUUCUGCCUGCACUGCUUCAUUGUCCUAAAUGUGGGUUGUGUGGCUGCACCCACUCGGGCCUGCAGCAUGAAUUUUUUUCUCAUUGCUCAAUUAUUGAUCUAGAGCAGAAAUAUACUUUUAAGCUAUUGUUGCCUGUGUGCAGAGGAGAAGUUAUGAAAGAAAGCCGCUUCAUUGACAAGAAAGACUGAGACCAGAGAAAUACAUAAGCUCCAAUAAGUUUUGGACUCCUGCAAGAAGACUAGCUGGUUAUGAAAUGAAAUAAACACCCAUGUCUCUUUACGAACUUAAAAUGCAAACAAGCGUCAAAGUGAUUAUUGCGCAGAGACAAAACUGCCUGUUUUACAUUUUACUAAGCAUGCUUUAUAAAAGCCCCACUGUCAUAGAAGGUAAUUCACUGACGGUAAAAAUGAGAGCAUGACAUAUACAGUAUGUUAAAAUGCUACUUACUAUAAGUCUUUGCUGUCUUUGCAUUAAGAGGCAGUGUGCCAGCCUUUCACUCUGCCAAUAUCUAACUGACAGACAACCAAACACUUGAGCUCACGUCUAUAGUGUUAGUCAAGUCAGCCACACCCCUAAUUACUAAAGAUAUUCCUUUAUUAGUCCCACAGUGGGGAAAUUCCAAAUUACAGCAGCAUAAAUACAAAAAGAGAAAUUAAAAGAUGAAGCAACUUAGAGUUAAAGAAAGAUAUAUAUGGGCUGAAAUAUGUGCCACCGCAAACUGAAUUUGAAUUAUUUAUAUCUAAAUUUGAACUGCUAAACUUGAAUAAUUGAAAUGAAAAAAUUAAUUUGACUCACAUAAUUAGAAAUUGAAAUCCAAUAAAAUUUGAUCCUCAGUGAAAAUCCAAUCCUCUAUACAUAUUCAAAUUCAUUUCUCAAAAUUCCAAUUCAAAUUUCCAUUUCAAUUAUUCAAGUUUAGCAUAUAUAAUAUAAAUGAUUCAAAUUCAGUUUGCGGUGGCACAUAUUUCAGCCCAUAGAUAUAUACAUGAGUGUUAUUGACAUCUGUUAUGUACAUGUUUGAUAUGUUACAGUUGAGCAGUUGGAGAUAUUUAUGUCCAGUUGUUGGGUGUGAAAGUACCAGGUUUUAAACACGUUUGUUAUUGCUGUGAAAUGGGCUUUGCUGAAUGAGUGUGUAUGUGCCUUUGUUUGCUUUUGAAGUCCGCCUAUAGUGGACUCCUAGAGAACUGCAAUUUUUAGCAGGUCCCCAUUGGCCUCAUUUCUCAACACAGGAGUUUGUAGCUUAGACACUGACCCAGGGUCUUUCACAAGGGCCUUGAACGGUGCUACCUGAUGCCAGGAAGCAAUCCUGGGCUCUGUAGCUCAGUUCUUCAUUCAUAACAACCCCAUUACACUUUUUUCAUACCUCAUCAUUUUUGAUGAUAUCAAAGAAAAGGGUUUUGCAUGUUGAAGGGUGUGGCUGCCUCGACAGACAUGUUGGUGCCUGGGAGCAGCAAAUGCAAUGACUGCUUCACUUUGAAAAGACUGAUUGUACCAUAACAUUAAUUUCAUAGAUCACAUGCUGCAGAUGAAUCUGUUCUUGGUUACGAUUCAACACAAAUGGCUGCCAAAGAUUUGGUUGGAAGAUGUUAAACCUUUGAAAACAAAAUAGUUUAAAAUAUAUUUGAUUAUCUGAAAUUUUUCAGAGAUGAUAACAGACUUGCAUGCAUGUUUACAAAGCUCCGACCAAAACAUUACUGUUAUCCUUGGAGUAACCAAACCCUCUCACAUAAUGCGAUGAUUUCCAAGAGUCCCUGCGCUUUAAGUUAGCAUAAUGAACUUCAUUACUAACAUGAGUGUGCAAAUACAUGCUAGACUUUUACCUGCUUAGUUAGAUCCUUCAAAUUUAAUAUUAAAUAAUGAUUAAUAUAAAACAAUUCUGCUAUUAGGCCA